UGCCAAUGCGUCCCUUCUCUCCACCUCUCAGUCUCUAUGGAAGCCAGGAGUCCGGAAGUGCCGCCCUAAAGGGGGCGGGUGGCUGAAUGUUUAGCCUGGCUGGUGCUUAGUCCAACUGCCAAGGGGGAAGCAGCCCAACUAGUGCCCAUGGCUGGCUCAGCAGCAGCGGCGGGAGGCGGCGGCAGGCGUGGGGCCCCUUCAGUGCCCGAUAUCUACAGCUCCAUGGAGUAUGGGCCUGUCCCAGAGGGCACUGGGGCAGCCCAGGUAAGGGAAGCAGGCUGGGAGGCGCCCCCCGGACGCCUGGGUCCCCGAAGAGGAGAGCGCGGGAGAGGGAUCCGGUGGGGGUUAGGAAUUCAGGGAGAUGUUGGAAGAGGAGGAAGGUGUGGAUUUCUUUUCUUCAAAAGCAAAGGCUAUUUAGUAAGCAGGGCGGGAGCAGGAGUAGAUUGCAAACAGGAAGGUCAUGGGGAGGGUCUGCCUUCCUUCCCCAGAGCCCGCCGCCCUUUGCCCUGGCCUUUGCCCCUCUCUUCCCCGCCGCUCUCCAACCCUGACCUUCGCUCCUCAGCUGAGCCAGCGGUCUUCUGGCUGGACUCGCCGCCUCUCACGUGGGUGUCGUUGACCAUCCGAGCUCCAAAGGUCUCCCUCUUCACGGCGGCACGUUUCAACUAUUACUGUUAUUUAAGUCUGCAUUUAGGAAAAGGGACGCGGAAGAACUUGCGCGUGCUGCAAAGUCAGCUCUAACUAAGAGAGCUGGGAUCCCCUGUAGAACCCAGGAGUCCGGCCGAGCCUUGCUGCAGUGCACAAAACAACCUUAGAAUGGGAAGCAAAGUCUCGCCCGUGCUCGAAUCCUGCCAAAGCUCCCGCUUCGCUCCUUUCUCUCUCUCUCGUCUCGUCUGAAUGUCAAUGCACCUCUGCAUCCCAACCCCGUGUAGGACAUCCUCUCCGCCCCUUGAGAGAACACAGGAACUAACUGGGGGGAUUAUGCUGCGGAUAUGCAAGCCCCAAACUAUGCUUUUCUUGCUAUCUUGCUGGGCUGCAGCUAGACUAGCUAACCUUGGGGGGGGGGGGACCAGUCCGUGCCGUGCAGGGAUCUGCUGCGUUGAAUGAGCAGAGCGCCCAAAGGAGGCGAGGUAGACGAAGAUGCGCUCGGACUCCUGGGUUCCCCGGGAGGUUCAGCGCCCCGCUCUCUGCUUCGCGGGGGCAAAGAGAGGUUCUCUUCCAACAGGCGUGGCCGAGCGGCCCGAUUUGAAUCAGGGUCAUAUGCAUACUGCGCGCCCAUUGGCCAGCGCGCCCGUGGUAAGUCCCACCUCGGGUUACGUGCUACCGCGGAGGUACCCGCCCCUCUUACUCCGCCUCGCUCGGUCUUCUGGGUUAGGGAGGGGGCUGUAUCCCAGCGUGCACCGGGGUUAGGCUCCUCAUUAAACCGAGCUGGGGGGACCCCCCUAUUCCAUUUCAUUUUAUUAUAUGAUUGCUAUUAUUAUUUUAUUAUUAUUAUUAUAAUUAUUAUUAUAAUCGCCGGUCCUUUCCCAUCGCGGGCAUGUCCUCGCCUUCCCCUUCUUCCUUCCUGGGCCCCAAGAGCGCGGAUCGCCCCAAAGUGCCCCGCACCCGGGCAGCCACUUGGAGCCACCGGGAGACGCUGGAUUUCCUCGCCCUGUGGGGGGAGGAAGGGAUCCAGACGCAGCUGAACCGCUGCCACCGGAAUGCCGACGUCUACCAGUGGAUCUCGGAGCGGAUGGCGGAGAAAGGCUAUUUCCGCGACGAGGACCAGUGCCGGACCAAAGGCAAAGACCUGAAGAAGAGUUACAAGCAAGCCAAGCUGCAGGACGGCAUCGCCCGCCAGAGGUGCCGCUUCUUCCACGAACUCGACGCCAUCCUGGGCAGCGGCGGGAGCGGCAGCGGCAACGGAGGGGGCGGAGGCGCGGCGCCCUGGUGCCAGGUGGUGAUCAAGGAGGAGAGCGACCCCGAGCUCGACCCCGAGCUCCACGAGGACGAGUACGCGUGGACCCAGGUGUCGGUGACCGACGGCAGCGACGGGGAUCCGCAGGGCGAGCCUUCCUCCUCCGCGGUAGCGGCCGCCGCCGCCUCGUCGUCGUCCUCCUCCCAGGCAGGGGUCGGGGGCUUGCUCCACUCCGAGGACCCGGCCCUCCACCACCACGUGGCAGGCGGCAUCGUCAAGGAGGAGAAAAGUCCCGGGAGAGAAGAGAGCGGCCUCCGGGGCGGAGGGGGAGCCUACCUCUACGGUCAGGAGGACGCCCACGUGGAGACCCCCGGCGGGGCGGACCAGCCUCUCUUUCGCCGGGAGAGCCGGGUGCACUUAGAGGCUCCUUGGAGACCAGCGCUGAACCGGAGAGGUGAGUGGAGCGAGAGGUGGAGUUUUUGGAUGGGACGGGGAGGAGGAAUAUAUGUGACACGUGAUUUUAUAUAUACAUAUCCCGUGGCUACUCUCCAGAGAACCCAGGUGUUCUGAUCCUCAGCCCUUUUCUAUCCGGCCCUCCCCUGGUGCUGCAGCCCUGAUGCCCAGGUUGUCAGAAUUGCCUUGCACUCUGUUCCUAAUGACACUGAAGCCAGGAAUCCUGUCUCUCAUUGCAUUCCCACAUUUCCACUCCCAAGGUUUCCCCAAUAAAUGGCUUCUUUCUGCCUGGCCCGGGAACCCUGAUGACCUGACCCUUUUCCUGCACCCACCUUCCCAACGUGGCAUCCCUGCUAAACCCACUUCCUACUGGAGAACCCAGGAAAUCUUGGCAGCUUCUUUCCCACCCAUCACCCACCCGCCUUCCUGGUUAUCUGGCUUGACACUAUUGGCCACCUCUACCUUUCUUGAGGCUCAGGAUUCCAAAAGCACUACAUCCCUUUCCUAAGGCUCCCAAGCAGUCCUUCCUUCACCUUCCUGCUGACAACUGCUAGGCAUCGCCACCUUCCAGAAUGCCCAGGAUUCCUGUCUGGCUUUCAAACUCCCUCCUUUCCAUGGGCACUGAGUUGCUUAAGUGGUCAUUCAUCCGCUCUGCAUAGCAGAAGGUCCCAGGUUUGGUCGACGGCAUCUCCAGGUAAUGCUGGAAAGAUUUCUGUCUCAUAACCUGGAGAGCUACUGUCAGUCAGUGUGGACAGUAUUGAGCUAGACACAUCCAGUGGGUCAGACUCGGUAUAAAAAGGAAUCUGUGCCCCCAGGAAUCUUGGCCCAUAACCUUUUCCUUCGAACUGGUCUCUGCCUAGUCUUUUUUCUCAUAAUAGGAACCUAGACAUGUGCUGGCUACUGGGCUCUGAUGGGCAAAGGGAUGCUGAACUUAAAAUCCUGAAAGCUUUCCUGAUAUAUCUAUGUGUGUUGGAGCCGAUCCAGGCUAAAAACCAGGAAACGUAAAAAAUACCAACCUAUUAAUAUCCCAGCCAAUAUCCUGAAAUCACUCUUUUUUUAAAAAAACCACAAUUUUGCAUCCUGUUCAUGGUAUCAGUUUGUUACUCCAUGGUCUGUUUUUGCUACUGUAUUAUAUCUGGAUGAUCAGAGUAAGUGGAAUAUCAUUGGAAUGCGAAAUAGAGCCUUACCCAUUCGCCUUGGGCAACAAGGACGGGAAGGCAGGCAAGUGAGUGGGUUGGUGAAGAAGUGAUGGAACCUCAUCCAUCCUCUGUGCCCAGUGUAGGAACAAGACAAGCUUCCAGAUGAAGGAAGCCCCUUCACAGAAAUGCAGUCUGCUUCUGGAGGAGGAGGGUGGGGUUCUCUAUAUCUCCCCUCCCCACCCUCAAGGCUAGUACAUUUGUUUUAGGCAGGCUAAUAACGUUAGUGGGCUUAUGUACAAAGCUUGUCUAAGAAGCAAAGAGGCACAGGGGCCUCUUAGGAUGAAUGAACCAACUGCGUCUUUAUGAGGUCAUUCUUGCCCCACUGUUUUCCGUCUUGCAUCUUGCUCUUUUUAAUAAAAUCAAUAUAAUGCCACUUGGGGUGUGAUUGGACUGCUUUCCAAUUCUUAAAUAUUUUCUGGGAGAAUGUAAGGAAUCUACAAUUCACAGCUACGCUUCAUAAAAGCAGCCUUGCAGGUUACUUAAUCCAUGUAACCCAUGUGGGCAAGCUGUUGGUCUGGAGAAUAGAGGAAGAGAAAAAGAACCAACCCUCCUCAACUUUACACAAUUAUUAUUAUUUAAUUGCCAGAGGUAAACGGGCAAGUCGAAGUGAUCAGCAGUUGCCUGUACCGCACUGAGGCUCUUAGCCAGGGGUCAGCAAACUUUUUCAGCAGGGGGCCGGUCCACUGUCCCUCAGACCUUGUGGGGGGCCGGACUAUAUUUUGGAAGGGGGGAAAAAACCAAAAUUCCUAUGCCACACAAAUAACCCAGAGAUGCAUUUUGAAUAAACAGACACAUUCUACUCAUGUAAAAAGACACUGAUUCCCAGACUGUCUGCAGGCCAGAUUUGGAAGGCGAUUGGGCCGUAUCCGGCCCCCAGGCCUUAGUUUGCCUCUUAGAGAUGGGUUGGAUUUUAUCCUGGUUUAUGUGUAGUUUUGUCAGCUGACCUGAUGGUGGUGCUAUUUCAUAUAGAAUCUGUGAUGCUUUAUUCCCCCAAUGGUGGCAUUGGGCUGGGUAGGGUAUGUGAUAUCGCAUAUAGAGAUCAUAGAGUUGGAAGGGAAUCUGAGGACCAUUUAGUCCAAUCUCCUGGAAUGCAGCAAUAUGCAACUGCCCCUUAUGGGGAAUCAAACCUACAACCUUGGCAUUGUGAGCAAUGUGCUCUAACCAACUGAGCUAUCCAGCUUCGAGAUAGCUGUCUGCUUGAGUUUGGGCCCAAGCUCCUUAGGGCUUUCAGCACCACAACCUCAGAGUUGGCCCAUUGGCAAAUUGGCAACAGCGAUCCUCUGCAGAUAAGGAACAUGUUUCUGGUAGCUUGCUGCUGUGAGCAGUCCUUGCACUAACUGCAGCUUCUAGAGCAGGUACCAGGGCAGCCCCACAUAAAGCAUGUUGCAAAAAUUAAAUAACUCCUUCCCCCUGCAGUUUUCUCCAGGCCACGGACCCUGCUGAGCACCCGGGAGAAGCUGGCUCAGCUCCGCAACAGGAGGAAGAGGCCCCGGGACGACAAGUUUGAUGAUCUCGUGCGGGACAUCCGGGCACACUUCCGGGAGAGGGAGAAGCUGUUCCAGGGCUUGUGGGAGGAGGAGAAAGCCCAGCGGGAGAAGGACCGGAGGCUGUGGACAGCCGAGAUGGACUGGAUCCGGCAGAUGUGGGCCAAGAGCCAGAAGGAGCGAGAGGCAGCUGGAGAUGGCAGGGAGGCAGAUGGGCCUCGGCAAGUCAAGGAGGAGAGCUGGAGCAGGGAGCUCUGCAAGGACCCUGAAGGAGGACCUCGGAAAGACACCAGCGUUCAAGAGCCCCUCCUCUUAAAGGUUGCCUGCACUGUAGCAGCCUGAUAGGACCUCUGCUCCUUUUUCGGAGAACCCAGGAGUCCAGAUCCCCAGUCCCCACCCUAAGUCAUUUUUUUCCAGUUCCUUAGAAUCACCAAAGUGCCCUUUCUUAGGGCCUCUCUGAUCUUAUUGCUAUUAUUUAUUUGAGAGAUAUCCUGCCCUUACUCCUGAAGGAGCCCCAAGCAGCAGGCACAGCAGCAAUAAAACCUUUUAAAAUUAAACCAUGAAAACAGCUUUUGGAAAAAAUCUGAAAACAUUCUAAAAGCCUCUUAACCAGUGAUCUCAGGGUUAUAAGUCAUCAGUGGUUGGUGCCCAUUGUGUCGGUAGGGCGGAAGGCAGGGAGUCCGUCAGUAGGUGGCGCCAGAGACAAUGGCAGGCCAGCUGAUUCUGCUUUUGCCCUCCUCUUCCUGCUGAGUUCUAUAAGGGCCAACACUGAGACUAAGGAGGAGGAGGCCAUCCUCUGGACUGGUUGUUGUCAGUAAGAAGGCAGGCAGGUGGGGAAGGGCAGAGGGAGGUUGGUGGGGCAGUGCCCCACUGGCCUUAAAGGGCCAGCCUCUGUUGUGAUUGGCAGUUCCAUGAAUGGCUGUAGCCUUAAAACCCUUGAUCGUUUAAACAAAAUAUAAGUAGGGGCUGUGAACAAAAAAGAAAGCAGAGACCCAUGUAAUCAUUGUGGCAGUAGAUUAUUUCUUUCUCUAGACGUGUUCUUUUUGAAGUGACCUUGCCAAUGUGGUUGAGUCUCUGUCUCUGGUGUGCAGAGGCAGGUGGAUCUGUCAAAAUACAGCAAGCACAUAAUGACCAAACAACAGCCCACAAUAGGAAGGGCGAGUGAGAGAGAGAGCAUGCAUGCAUUCACCCACCUAUAGCUGGAACAGCCUGUAGACCCUUGAGUAGGUAAAUGAAAAGUUGAGCAUUCAGGUUAACACCCCUGGACUUAUGUCUCCUCCUGUGGUCUCUAAGCCGCGCACAUUGCAACUCCCUCCUGCCUCAUCAAAUCCAGAGGAUGGUCUGGGGCGCAAUCGGCUGGAAGCCUUUGGCCGACCCAGUGAUGGCACAAGUCUCAGGGCCCUUGCAGGAUGCCUCAAUACCAGGGUGUUUAUCCACCAGCCCAUCUGUCUUCUGUGUUCAGUUUUCCGUGUGUUCAGUUGUCUUCCCGGUUUUUGUGGAUCGUUUUUUAUAAAAAGAAGCGCACCCAAAACCCACAUUUUAAAAACAUGCAUUUCCAAAAAAUACACAUUUUUCUGUGUAUUCCUUUCCAGAAAAUAUGCCUCUUUUUAUUUUUUUAUUUUUUUUGCACAUUUUCUGAACCAAAACCGCAUCACAGAUUUAAUCCUAUCGAUAGCUGUGUUUCCAUCCAAAUAAAUUGCUGUAUACACACAGCACAUUUAAAGCGUACACACCCAAUAAUCCUGUAGUUUAAGGAUGCUGGGAAUUGUGGCACACUGAGGGAUACACUACAACUCCCAGGAUUCUUGGUGUGUGUCUGUGUCUGUGUCUGUGUCUGUGUGUCGGUGCUUUAAAUGUAUGUUGUGUACCUAGCCUAAGUUCAGGUUUAGCAAAUUAGGCUUGAAGUGUAGACUGAACAAAUUCAUCCUCCUGUCCCUACACCUGGCCCAGUAUUGUCUGCUCUGUCUGGCAGCCCCUGGGGGGGUGUCAGUGGUCUUUCCCCAUCACUGGCUCUCAACCAGGGUUUGAACCAAAGCAUGUGGUUGGCUGUCCCUCUCCUGCCAGGGUCUAGCAUCAUUGUUGGUCACCUUCCACUGAUUCAGACCCUUGGCUGAUCUAGCUCAGCAUUGUCUACUACCAGUGGUUUCAGGCAGGGCUCUUUUCUGACCAGAGAUAUCGGGGAUUGAACCUGGGGCCUUCUGCAUGCAAAGCAGAUGCUCUACCACUGAGCUAUGGCCUCUUCUUCGCUUGAUUAAGGAGUUCCAUCACUGCUGUCCUUUGCUCACUCGACCUAAAAAUAAGCUCUGGUUUAGUUCCAAAUUAGCUUGCACAGGAUUGUGCUGUUGGUUGAUUAAUCGUUUAAGCUUUAGCUGAUUGGAUCCAUUAAUUAAUAGCUUGGGUCUGUAUAGAUUUGCAUAUUGCAGUACUUUCGGUUGUGGGGUGGGAUGGAUGAAUACUUCCUGUGAAUUGCUGCUGGCACACGGCCUCCAUCAUUUCUCCCGUGAAAAUAGGGACAUCCCAUUCCACAAUGAUAAGUUUACCAUUUAUACCCACACAUGUUACUGGGGACCCCCAGCCACUUUGGAUAGCUUCCGACAUAUAAAAACAUAAUUAAACAUUAAACAUUAACAAAACUUACCUAUACAGGAUUGCCGGGGAUCGGGGAUCAGAUAGCUCCAGACCCUCCAACAUUUCUCCAAUGAAAAUAGGGACUUCUUGAAGAAAAGUGGGACAUUCUGGGAUCAAAUAAGAAACUGGGAUGGCUUCUCUAAAUCAGGGACGUCCCUGGAAAAUAGGGACACUUGGAGGGUCUGUGGCCAUAUAUUGAAAGCGGCAUUGCUUUGUAUGCGAGGAAGAAUGUGGGGAAGACAUCUUCUGUUUGCUUGUUUAAGAAGGGCUUAUGCAGCCUUACAGGCACAGUUAAACUACUUUCUUAAAGACAUGCAGAAGCAUCCAAUUGCAAAAUAAAUACGGCAGCGGUUUUAAAAGCCCAGCACACUUCUGGAGAAACAUUCAAGUUCUUAAGCUCUGUUUGAAAAGAAGAAAGAUGGAGUACACAAACCUGGGUGUCCCUUUAAUUUUUCGUUUUCUCUCCCCACCCCCUUACUUUUUAGACAUGGCUGGAAUCCCACGGCCGUAGUUUCGGGCAUUUCAUAGGCGGAGAAUGGCUGAAGCCGGACGGAAGGGAGACCUGCACCACCAAGAAUCCUACCACAGGUAGAGGCAGAUGAGAUGAGCUCCACAGCUUAGGGGUUGCCACAGAGCAUGCCCUCCCCUGCCCCCUCCCCAAGCUUCUUGGGGAAGCUAGAGAGCCAGUGUGGUUUAGUGGUUAAGAGCAGUGGACUCGUAAUCUGGGGAACCGGGUUCGCAUCCCCGCUCCUCCACAUACAGCUGCUGGGUGACCUUGGGCUAGACACACUUCUUUGAAGUCUCUCAGCCUCACUCACCUCACAGAGUGUUUGUUGUGGGGGAGGAAGGGAAAGGAGAUUGUUAGCCGUUUUGAGACUCCUUUGGGUAGAGAUAAAGUGGGAUAUCAAAUCCAAACGCCUCUUCUUCUUCUUCUGUAGACAACCGAAAGAGCUUCUCCACUGAUUUUUACACCCAUGAGGGUCUCUGUAGGGAAAGAGGGAGUCUGUGUGGGGCCUGAAUUGUUUAGGGCUAAUGUGAGCAUUUUGAAUUGGGCCCAGAAACAAAGUGGCAGCCAAGGCAGCUGUUUUAAAACAGAGAUCUCGAUGGAACUCCAGCCAGUAACCUGUCCACUGCAUCUCUGUCAAAUGGCUUUUCCUGAGUUGUCUUCAAGAGCAGCCUCAUGCAGGCAGAGUGCAUUGCAAUAACACCACAAUAUCCAAAAGGUCUCUUGCAGAUCAUCCAGGGGUCUCCCAGUGGAUCCCAAACUGCCUUCUGUCCAUUCCUGUUUCAGAUGCUGUCAGAUAGUCAAAUUGUCAAACAGAUUAAUAUUCCUGGUUUUUUAAGAGACAGAAUCUGACGCUGCUUUUUUCUUUUUAACAUAGAAUUCCAAAAAGCUGCAGGGGUGUCUGAUGGGGCUGUCUGUUAUUCUUCGUUUUAAAGCUCAGUUCCUGUGAUGUUCAAAGAUGAAAAAGCUAUCUGUGCAAACAGUGGCUUGGCUCUAGAUGUUGCCCUCCAUCCAUACAAGGCAGUGGGAUCUAGCAGUGGGAAUAUUCCUGGUGGAAAGAGGCGGGGAAGCUCCCCCUUCAGUCCCCAGCACCACCUCCUACCCUGUUCCAGAGGGUACCUCACCCCACCCCAACAACCCUCUGGAGCAGGUUUUUGGAUGGCAGAAAGUGUUGCGGGGGGGGGAGGGGAAUUGGCAAAGGAACCUCCUAUACCCCAAUCUUCUGUUGGUAGUAAUGGUUAGAUCCAAGCUGUUUUCUAUUUGCAUAUCUUGGUUCUGAGAGCUGCAUUGGCAUGGAUUGGGCAGGGAAGGUUAGGAUGGGCGGGGAACACAUUGCAGAGCUAUUAACCAAGGUAAGUUGAGGCUGAAAGGCUGUUUCUGAGUAUUGAUAUUACCCAGGUCUAGUCUUUUUCCAGGGGCCUAGUGGCACCUCCACUGCCCUUCUUGUUUCCAAAUUGGAGAGGUUGUUACUGCUUUGACCAAAAUAGUGAGGACUAGAACCCUCUUUUCUCUCUCUCCUUCUUCUUUGUCUUUAUCGUCGUCUUCAACUACCAGAUUCUUCUUAGCUUAAAACAGGGCUGAGCUGCGGCCCUCCAGAAGUUGUUGGGCUCCAUCUCCCGUCAGCCCCAGCCAGCCUGAUCAAGGAUACUGGGAAUUGCAUUCCAACAACAUCUGGAGGGGCUGCAGAUUCCCCAUCCCUGAAAAGGCGUCUGCAUCCUUCCUUCCACAUUGUGCUGAUGCCUUUGCAGAGUUUACGAUUUGCUAUAAAACCAGCCCUGGGAGUGGUGAGAGAGACAUCUUCUCCUUUCUUCCACACCCCACAGGGGAGCCACUGGCCACCACCCUUCAGGGCAGCACAGAAGACGUGGACGCAGCGGUUGAUGCUGCCACUAAAGCGUUCGAAACCUGGAGCCAGCUCCCUGGCCAUGUCCGGGCCCGGCACCUGUACAAGUAAGUGGCCAGCCUUUUCUGACUCGUGAAAACUUUUCCUAGGCUUCUUUUGUUCCCUCCUAUAAAAACUGUGCAAGACACUCUUUCAAAGUUUGGAUAGCAAUAACUUUUGCUCACAGUGCCCUUUGCACUUGUUAGAUUCAAUAUACACGUACAAGGCAAGCAGGUAUUACUUACGUUACUAAUUUGUUAUAUAGAUUUAUCAGCAAGACUAGCGUUCUUACAGACACGGACUUAAUUCCCAGGCAGGCAGCGGCAGAACAGAGCAGGCCUACUGCUCACCUGCUCUUAACAACACAAAAAGACUGUUAUUAGCAGGUAUAGCUGUGUCAAUUUACACAACUGCCUCAGGCACAAGGUAUCGGACCUCACAAGGUCUUUUCUUGGAAUGUUGCAACCCUUGUGAGUAUCAGCCCUUUAUGGUGGUACCUCGGGUUACAGACGCUUCCAGUUACAAAUGCUUCAGGUUACAGACUCCGCUAAGCCAGAAAUAGUACCUCGGGUUAAGAACUUUGCUUCAGGAUGAGAUCAGAAAUUGUGCGGCGGCAGCAGGAGGCCCCAUUAGCUAAAGUGGUACCUCAGGUUAAGAACAGUUUCAGGUUAAGAAUGGACCUCCAGAACGAAUUAAGUUCUUAACCCAAGGUACCACUGUACUUAGCAUUUGGGAUGCUCAUCUCUCACAUAAACAGGUGACCUGCUUCCUAUUCCUCUCUUAAGGUGUCAUGGCUCCCUCUUUUUACUGUGAAACAUACAAAGGCCCUUUGGGUAUUUUCUGAGGCCCACCUUCACUUGACUGGUAGCCAUCUCUUCUUCCCCCUCUCCCCAGCGUGGCCAGGACCAUCCAGAAACACCAGCGGCUCCUUGGUCUCCUCGAGAGCCUAGACAGCGGGAAGCUGAUCCGGGAAGCCCGAGAUGCAGACCUGCCUUUGGUCGUCCGCCAUUUUUACCAUCACGCCGGCUGGGCCCAGCUGAUGGAGGUGGAGAUGAAGGGCUGGAAGCCUCUCGGUGAGUUGGAGGGGCUGGAUAGUCUUCCCAGGGCAGAGAGGGGCCUCCACCCCCCUCCCCUUUGCCCCGCCUUUCCCCGCUGAACAUGGCAGCACCUCAGCUCACUGCCCCCUCCCUGUUUUUUUAACACUGCGGUUUCUAACUGUGCCCAGAGGUCCAAUAAAAACCCAACCUUCCCUCCAACAGGUGUCGUGGCAGCUCUCAUUCCCAGGAGUUUCCCGCUGCUGACUCUGACUUGGAAGGUGUGUCCGGCGCUGGCCAUGGGUAUGUGAAAUGGAGGGAGGGCAGUGGGAGCAUCUGUUGACCCUGAGAAAAGUGACAAAAGUGGCACAGCGGUUGGACUAGAGCUGGUGGGACUCGGGUUCAAAUCUCGGCUCAGCUCGCCGGCCGACUUGGAAGAAGGCUCCACGGUUCUGUCAGUUUUCUUGAGCUCUAGUGACAAGUGGGGACGUGGAGAGUGGGAGAAUCUCUCGCCCUCCCCACCUUUCCCCCACCAUUUCAUACUUUUGCAAACCUUUAGCAGGCGCCCUCCCAAGUCAACGGCAUAAAAAUGGUUUAUAUUGCAUUGACAUGCUGGCUUAUUUUUCCACUAUUAAAAAAAACAGAGACGUGGAAACUGGAGCUGUAAAAUAUCAGGGCACGGUGUAUUCCAUUGGGAUAACUCCUGGAACAUAGGAGCCAACUCCUAGGGGCCAAGGUCCCUUCGGCUCCCCUCCCCAAUAAAAUAUUUGAGGGGGCCAGCCCCCCACAAAGUUGUUGAGCAUUGCCUUUCAUGCAGCAUGUCUGGUGAUCAAUUAUGCAGGGCUUUACUGGGGGCCCCCAAUUUUUUAUUCAAAUUGACACCCCUGUGAGGCACAAGUGGCCUCUGUGGCCUGGAGUGCUUUUCACCAGUUUUGACUGGUCGCCUUCCUGCGUCCCCAUAUGGAUGUGAACCUCCUAGUUCCAGCUGAAGGGAAAACAAUGUGCCUUCUUGCAGCCCUAGCAAGCGAGGUUGUAAACAGAAAACGGGGGACCGGAAUGUGUGAUUCUAGUCUUUGCUCUCUUUCCUUGGUUGACCAGGGUGGAGUGCAGACUACAAAGCUGGAUAUUUCCUUUGCUUUCUUCUUCACAUCUUCUCCUUUUCUCUCUCACUCUUCCCCUCAACCUGCCCCUCGUUUCUUGCCAUAUAGGAAACACCAUAGUCCUGAAACCAGCCAGCACUACCCGGCUGACGGCUCUGCUCCUGGCUGAGGUUUGCGCCCAGGCUGGGCUCCCUCCGGGGGUCCUCAACGUCAUCACAGGCGACCAGGGUCUGGGAGAAGCUUUGGUCGCCCACCCAGGCAUUGACAAAGUGGCCUUUGCUGGCUCUGCCGAGGUGAGUGCUUCUCUCCCCUCAGAGAAGUGGCUUACAAUAGCCCUGGUCUGGGGCCUUACAAUUCCGGUAUCCAUUACCCUUCAGAGAGCUGCAACAUUCUGUCCCUGCGGCUUAUGCAUGAGUGCAGUUAGCAUGCUCCUUUGCAGCUGAUGGCUUUGCAGAAAUUUUGCUUUUCCAUUUCCUACGUUUUUGAUGCAGUAGCAGCCAGCGCUGUUCACAUGGCUUCUUUCCUGCUGGGUUGCUUCUGCACACCAGGUGGAGGAGGGGCAGCAAGGUUGGCGCAGGGCAAAUUCCGUGGCAGAGCCAAUCCGGUGCUCCUGCCAGCAGGUAUUCACCGCGCUAACCACUCCUCUCCCCUUCUCCACCUCAGUGUGCUACAGCGACUCUGAUGGUGGGAGGCCGGGUGAGCAUCACAGCCCCGCCUUGCUGCCCAUUACCGAUUAAACGUUGAUAGAGAGUUAUAUGUAGGGCUUGCUAUUUCCAAUGCCGAAUUCUAAAUUGUUCGGCCUUGACAAAGUGAUGCUCCGAAAGGCGGCCCAUGAAUAUUUUAAAACAAGUGUGCCGCCUUAAAUACGCACAAAGCCGUGUUCUCAUGUGCACAGUCCCUUUGCUAUCGCUUCAGGUGGGCCGCAGCCUGCGCCGGGCCACCGCUGGGACUGGCAAGAAGCUGUCUCUGCAGCUCGGAGGGAAGUCGCCCUUCAUCGUCUUUGACUCGGCUGACCUGGACAGCGCUGUCGACGGGCUAGUAGAUGCCGUCUGGCAGAACUGGGGGCAGGUAGGUUGAACUGGGGGUAGGCAGACUGAGGUCUAGAACUGGCAUUUUUAAAUUAUUAUUAUUAUUUAUUGAAUUAACAUACUGCUGGGGGCCCUUCCUUUCUACCACAGAGUUGGCACCUAGUAGCCUGCGGGUCUGGGGCAGCCCCUAAAUUUUGCCAGGCCUCUGGUAGGCGUUUUGGCUCUUGCUGAGGAGUGGGAGCUGAACGCGGCCCUCCCAAGCCUCUCGGUCUGGCCCUCGGGAUUCUUUCCAGGCCACACUCCCUCCUUCAGGCAACAUUGACCCUACUUCCCACCCACCCCUUGAGCGUUUUUGCCUGACUGGAAUGAAGUCCUUGAACUCUGGAUAAUGCUUCUUCCUUGCCUGGAUGGAGGAUAGAGAGGGAUGUGUGUGGAUCUGUGUAGAAAGAACUGUUCGCUACGAAGUUUGCUCCACUCCCUUUUUUCCUCUGGCGUGUGGCCCUGGGAAGGUUGCCCAGAAAGGAAUGUGGCCCUUGGGUUUAAAGAGCUUCCUCACCCCUGAUGUAGUAGGAAUUCUGUCAGGUUUUAAGCCAUGUGGAAGAGAAAAUGUUUCUCCAAAGCUGGGCAGGUGUUACCACAUACAGUGGUACCUCGGGUUAAGUACUUAAUUUGUUCCGGAGGUCCGUUCUUAACCUGAAACUGUUCUAACCUGAAGCACCACUUUAGCUAAUGGGGCCUCCUGCUGCCGCCGCACCACCGGAGCACGAUUUCUGUUCUCAUCCUGAAGCAAAGUUCUUAACCUGAAGCACUAUUUCUGGGUUAGCAGAGUAUGUAACCUGAAGCGUAUGUAACCUGAAGCAUAUGUAACCCGAGGUACCACUGUAGAGUGUAACAGGGGGUUUUUUUGGGGGGUGGGGGGAGUAUUAAUUCGGUUUAAAUCAAUUCCCUCAAGAUGUUGGCAUUUUCCUCUCUUCCUCAGGCCCAGAGUGCUGGGUCUCAGCUGCUCCUGCAGGAAUCCAUUGCCAAAGACUUCGUUCAACGCCUGAAGCGCCGAAUGGGGCAGCUCCGCGCGGGGGACUCUCUGGACAAGGCCGUGGACUUGGGAGCCUUGGUCAGCGAGAAGCAGCGGCACGCCAUCGAGGGCCUGGUGGAGGAAGCUCGAGCGGAAGGCGCUGAGGUGAGGGGCUUGGGCCUCUUGGGGCUUCUGGAGAAGGGGGGGGGUGGUCUUUAAGGCCACACGCACACCAUAUGUUUAAAGUGUUGCGAUGCUACUUCAAACAGACAUGGCUCAGAGGAUCGGAGAAUUGUAGAGCUGGAAGGGACCCGAGGGUCAUCUAGUCCAACCCUCCUGAAAUCCAGGAAUCUUUCACCCAACGUGGGGCUCAAACCCGUGUUCCUGAGAUUAAGGGUCUCAUGCAUUACCACCUGAGCUAUCUUGACAUGGUGUCCCCCAAAUAAUCGUUGCGGGGGCAGGGUGUAGUUUCUUAAGGGUGCUGAGAGUUGUUAGCUGUCUCCCCUCACAGAGCUACGACUCCCAGAAUUCCCUCUGAAGAGCGGCCAGUUGUUAAACCACUCUGGGAAUUGUAGCUCUUGCUCAGGCGCGUGACAAAGCAUUAUUCCAGCAGGCAUUUUACAGUAGCGUUUCCGCUUCUGUUUGGUUUUGUGACGAUUUUAUUGUUCUGUAUGAUUUCUUUUCUGUACGCUGCUUAGCAAAUAAUUAGCAGAAGCUUUACAUUUUAAAAUGUGCAAUUUCAGAAUGCUUUUGGCAUGGCCUAUUCCUGGAUUUGUAAAAUAUGUCGCCUCCUGAUUGUUUUGCCUUUUUAAACUGUGUUAUGCUCUUGGGCACCUCAGUGAUGCGAUAUAUAGAAAUAAAUCAUUUCCCUCCCCUUUUAGGUUUUCCAGGCAUGGGCAUCCCUUCCUUCAAGUGGGCUGUUCUACCCUCCGACCUUAAUCACCGGCGUGUAUCCUACCUCCCGUUGCGUCAGGGAAGAGGUAGGAGGAUGUGACUGCCAAGACUUUAGUCCCAUAGUUUUCUGGUUGGUGUGAGUUCCCCCACCCCACCCCCCAAAAAAAAGAUUAAGCAGGGGAUGUAUUACUUGUUCAUAAUUGUCCACUUGUUGAGCCUGUCUAGGAAAGACAACUAACCAAUAAGAGAAAGGAGAAGGGAGCCCUCUUUUGGCAGAAAUCAGUAUUACCACAUAAAAUACUGUUUAUCAAAGAAAUGGUAUAGUACCUUUAGAAGAAAAGUUUGGAUUUGAUAUCCCGCUUUAUCACUACCCGAAGGAGUCUUAGUGCGGCUAACAUUCUCCUUUCCCUUCCUUCCCCACAACAAACACUCUGUGAGGUGAGUGGGGCUGAGAGACUUCAGAGAAGUGUGACUGGCCCAAGGUCACCCAGCAGCUACAUGUGGAGGAGCGAGGAAGCGAACCUGGUUCACCAGAUUAUGAGUCCACUGCUCUUAACCACUACACCACACUGGCUCUGCUUUACUUUACUCUUUACUUCAGAUGUCCUUUUUAUUUUUAUUUAUGAUAAUUCGUGCUCAUGAUGGAAUCAAGGUGGUUAUACGCAGUCCCACUUCAAUACUGUUAGUGUCUGCAAAUGUUUUGGGGCAGACAUGCUAAUGCACGAUUAUGGCGUCAAUGAUACGUUGCAGAAUACACUUGCAGAAAGACACCAGUAUGGAGGGACCCCAGGACCGGCUAGAACAACAAAGUGGGCAAAUUUUCACCAAGACUCCUUUAUCAGACUGGAUAUUAAGCAAAAAAGGAGCACAUGGGAUGUGGUGUUAAAUACGUCACUGUGUGCAGCCAGAAAAGCUCCAGGCGGGUGUAAAAAGAUAUCUGACUGAGCUCCUGAGACAGAGAAGUGACAGCUGCCCUCCCUUUUGGUUUCUCUCUCUACCUCCUAAUCAAAAAUGCAAAGGGGUCCUUGUAAUACAGAGAGGGACAGGAGGCAAAAAAAGCCCCACCAUGCUACUCCUUACAAAGGUUGAAGAUUUAAUUGCAGGUGAUGAGUUAAUCAAAGAGUGGUGGUGCCCCAACUUUCUCCCUCUCUUCCCCUGCUUGAAAACUUCUGAGGGUCUUGAUGUACCACUUAAUAGUUUUUCUGCCAGAUGGAGCAAUUGCAAUGCGCUGUGCUGGAUGCUGUGUAAUCUUUAAGUCUUAUUUUUACAAGUAUGCCACAAACCACCUGAAUGAAGCUUGUGGACCACUGACCACCAUUGGGGAAACCCCUGGUAUGGAGUGAACAGAAACUAAAUUGGGUAGUGUGGCCUAAUGGUUAGAGGGCAUAUUGAAUUCCCUUCCCACCCCAGUAGGCAAAGCCCUAACAUGACAGUCCACCCCUGUAUGGCAUCUCCCUUCAACUAGCAGGGCCUGUUCCCAUAUUCUGUGCUAUAAAAAACCCCCUCAGAGUUAGCCAAAGCAAGGGGAACUUCUUCUCCUUGAUGUUGACGUGGGUGGGUGUCCGCCCCGUUCUACUGACUCUCUACCAGAUUGGGAUCCUAGGUCCAGGAGAACUGAUGGAAUGUCUGUUUACAAAACUUGGUUGAUUAAGAAUCCGGCUCUUUUUCCAUCCUUUUCUCCAGCAAGUGAAAAUACGUCAAUAAAUUAAGUGAUGGCCAAUAUGAACGGCUCUCGUUCAUAGAAUCAUAGGAUUGUAGAUUUGGAUGGGACCACGUGGGUCAUCUAGUCCAACCCCCUGCAAUGCAGGAAUCUUUUGUUCAAUGUGGGGUUCGAAACCACAACCCUGAGAUUAAGAGUCUCGUGCUCUACUGCCUGAGAUGGCCUCUCCUCUCUUCCUGACAGCAGAGCAAAACCUUGCUAAGGAAUUAAGAGACCCACGCAGAGCAAUGGCGUAAAGAAUUCCUGCCUUGCAACCACAGAAGACUUUAAUUUUUGAGCUUUCUGCAUGCACUGCUCUCGUGCUUCCAGUCCUGUCUCUAUCCUCCCAAACCAGGAGGACUGGAAUCUUGCAUGAGUUUUUCAAAACCUUACUUGGAAAAUAAAUACCACCCAGGUGGUUAAGAAAGCCCAACAGAAACUCCAUCUCCUCAGAAUAUUGCGAAAGAAUGAUGUCAAUCAACAUUUGAUGAUCUGCUUCUACCGGUCAACGAUAGAAAGUGUCCUUUCAUACUGCAUCACGGUGUGGUACGCUCGUUUGACAUCAGCUGAUAGGAAGUGCCUACAGAGGGUGGUGAAUACAGCACAAGAUAUUAUGGGCUAUCCCAUGAAUCCGCUGGAUGAAACAGCGGAAGAAUGUUGCCUCAAGAGAGUGAGGAAAAUUCUCAGGGAUGAUUCACACCCUGGCCGGCACUUUCUUGAUCUCCUGCCCUCAGGCAGAAGAUAUAGAAGCAUGAUUAGUCGCACCAACAGGGUAAAGAACAGCUUCUAUCCAUGGGCUGUUAGGUUGCUGAAUGAAAAGAUAACAACAGAGCAACUGACUUUUGGGUUUGGUGGGUUUGCGUCAGUAAACGAGGGGAAUUAAGACUAAGAGUUGCGUGGGGGGUGCUCGUGUAAUCUCACUGUAUGCAAGUUGUACAAGUGACAAUAAAGUAUUUCAAUAUUCAAUAUUUUAGUGAAAGAGCUUUUGAGACAGGGUUUUUUCUUUUCUUCUUGUGACAUUCUAGGCAUCCUAGAAUGCAGGCAUAGGCAAACUCAGCCCUCCAGAUGUUUUGGAACUACAACUCCCAUCAUCCCUGACCACUGGUCCUGUUAGCUAGGGAUGAUGGGAGUUGUAGUCCCAAAACAUCUGGAGGUCCAAGUUUGCCUAUGCCUGCAUUCUAGGAUUGGAGUAUGCUGCAUGUCAGAUCCUAGAAUCCUCUUCCACCCUUCCUCCUCUUGUUCAAAAUUUGUUUCGUGUGUUCCAGAUCUUUGGCCCGGUUCUGGUAUCAUUGAAUUUCCGGACAGCCAAGGAGGCGUUGGCGUUGGGGAACAGCACCCCCUAUGGGUUGGCUGCCAGUGUGUGGACGGAGACCCUUCCCCUGGCUCUGGAAGUCGCUCACAGGUAGGUUUUGUCACUCCAGCCUACCUUUCCCACCCCACUAACACAGAAGUUUGCAAAUCACCUGGGAGACUGUCUCUGAUCUGGUCUAUGCCUGCAGUAGAACAAGGCGGUAGAAUCAUGAGGUGGUAGAGUGAAAUGUUUCACUUCAGAAUGCAAGUGGGCAAUAGCAUUUUUUUUUAAUGGUCUUCUGCUUUAUUUUAUUUUUAAAAUCUUCCCUGCAAGUAAAACAAAAAAGCAGGGAGAAAGGCUCUAGCCCAGGGGUAGGCAAACUAAGGCCCGGGGGCCAGAUGCGGCCCAAUCGCCUUCUCAGUCCAGCCCGCGGACGGUCCGGGAAUCAGCCUGUUUUUACAUGAGUAGAAUGUGUCCUUUUAUUUAAAAUGCAUCUCUGGGUUAUUUGUGAGGCCUGCCUGGUGUUUUUACAUGAGUAGAAUGUGUGCUUUUAUUUCAUCUCUGGGUUAUUUGUGGGGCAUAGGAAUUCGUUCAUUAUUAUUUUUUUUCAAAAUAUAGUCCAGCCCAGCACAUGGUCUGAGGGAUGGUGGACCGGCCCAUGGCUGAAAAUGAUUGCUGACCCCUGCUCUAGCCUAUCCUGUUCCAUUUUGUGCCUAGUUUUGCCUUGCAGAUAAAUGCCCUUCGCCCCUGUGUUCUGAGGUGGUACGGUCCAUUCUGCCGCCUCCGUCUCAUUCUGCUGCCAGGCUUUGCAUGGACUAUGCGGAGAAAUGUGAGGUGUUUUCCAAAAUGCCUUGGAACCCGAGUUCCCUCAGGAGAUUUAAGGAGCCCUGUGUACAGGGCCGGCCUUCUCUGACCCUCUCCCAUUCCGCCUCCCCAGUUUGCAGGUGGGGACUGUCUGGAUCAACGGCCACAACAUGCUAGACGCUGCAUCUGCUUUCGGGGGGUACAAGGAAAGCGGUUAUGGCCGAGACGGAGGCAAAGAGGUUAGCUGGAGAAGCUGGCUUCAUGCUGGCGCAGAGGGAUCUCUGGGGUCUGGCUCUGGUUCGUUGGGGGGCGGGGAUACAAAAUAAAACAAUUUGACUUUUCAAUUUUAUUAUCUUCUUUGCUCAGGGCCUUUUUGAGUACGUGAGACCAAACUGGCAGGCUCGCCCGCAUCCCGGCGCUGUGGAUCUGGACUUCAAGACCUUUGCUACCUCACAAGGGGCUGAAAUCCCCUCGGUUGCUGCAGACAGUAGAGUCCCACAUUCCUCAGCGUCUGACCUGGAAGGAAACAUUCCAAAGUAAGGGUGUAUUGGGCCAGAUCCAAACCUCGCAUUCAAAGCAUGUGACUCCCCCCCCCCCUCCAGAAAUAACCCUGGGAACUGUAGUUUGUCGUGGGUCCUUGGAAUUGCAGCACUAUGAGAGGGUAACUACAGUUCCCAGGAUUCUUUGGGGCUUUAAAUGUGCUUUAAAUCUGCCACCUAGAAUGUGCCUGCUUUCACUGUGCCCCCACUCCACCCCCCCUCCAGUAUUAUGCUUUAAAUGUAGGAACUUGGCGGGGGGGGGAGAGAAUUUGCUUUGGUAAAGUUAUGCAGCCCAACCAGGGUGGAUAAAAAUCAAUGAUUUUUAAAAAAAUAAUAAUAAUAAACCAUUCUUUUUAUCUAAAUCAGAUUUUUUUUAUUUAAAUCAGAUUUUAAAAAUAAAAUGCUUUUGGGGGGGAAGUCUUUCGAAAGAUUUCUAUUUAAGUUACAUUGUAGUCCAACGGGUAUUCAUCAGGAAAUAAGGAUUUGUUUUAAGUUUUUCACGUGUGCUAAAACUAAAUCUAAGGGGUUUUUUUUAAUUGUUUAAGCACAUCAGUUAACAAACAUGGAUAAAUAUGCUAUAAUGUUACUGUUUUAGUUAAAUAAAUUGUUCAAAUUGUUAUUAAGGAAAUGAUUAUUUUUCUCCUUCCAAGAAAGUACUGAAGAAAAGUUGUCCAAAUAUAAAUAGUUAACUUAUUAAACCUCACAAUAAUUUCAUAAUUAUCUAUGUAUUUCUAAUACAGCAGUAUAACCAAAUCAGUCGUUUUUGAUAUAGCAGUAAAAAUACUCUGAAAAUUAGUUAUUCCAAAAAUGAAACCUUUAUCUGGUUGUAAAUAUUAAGAUUAUACUAGCAAGAAUUAGUCUUUCUGAAAAAAAUAAUGAUUUAAAUCAAGUCUUACUGACUAGUGAUUUAAAUCGUGAUUUAAAUCAGUUUGAUUUAAACUAAAUCCACCCUGAGCCCAACCUCAAGAGUUCUUUCCCCUAAUCCUUUUCAAGCCCUUUCCACCUUCUCUUUUGUGCUUAUUCUCAGCACAACCACUGGAAUGGGUGGCUUCCUGAAGAGAUGAAUUGAGGAGAAGGUGUCUUUUUUUCCCCAUGGAAGAAUUCACUGUGAGAAUAGGGUUACACAGGCCUUUUCUUGCGAUCUUAAUUCACAAACUAAAAGUCCGGGAAUUAGGGGGUUUGUGUAGUAGGGGCUGAGCAAGAAAUCUGUGCCGUUUUGGACUUCGUGACGAAAGGUGACAUGUGUGGUGUUUUCUCUGAAACAAGCAGCCCAGUGAGCUAGGGGCACAAAAUGCUGGGCUUUUACCCCUUUCCCUUCUCCUCUGUGAUGGCAGUGUGGACCGAACCUACAAGCUGUACUACGGGGGUGCGCAGAAGAGGCCAGACUCCAUGAGUUCCCGAGCCAUCCUUGACCACGCUGGCAAGAUAGCAGCUUACGUAGCAGACGGGGGCAUCAAAGACAUCCGUAAUGCUGUGGAAGCCGCCCACAAGGCUGCUCCGGGGUGAGUCUGAGCAGGGGAAGGAGGUGGGAGGCAGAGGAGAGCCACUGCCUCAAUGGGAGUCAGAUAAGCAGUGGUGCCUUCAGGGGUAGGGCUUGAGGGUUUGGCCCCACUCAGCAGAAAGGGCCCCCAAAAUGCAGACAUUUUACCAUUCAAAGAGGACGGUCCACAUUAAGUCCAUAAAGGCCUCAUUCACAUUUAUUAUUAUUGUUGUUAUUGUUAUUGUUAUUAUACCUCUGGUUACGAACAGGAUCCAUUCCAGAGGCCCGUUCGCAACAUGAAAAGAGCACAACAUGCAGGUUGUGAUUCGCUGCUUCUGCGCAUGGGCGUGAUAUCUUUUUGCGCUUCUGCGCAUGCGCGAGUGGUGAAACCCGGAAGUAACCCUUUCUGGUACUUCCAGGUUGCCGUGGGAUGUAACCUGAAAGAACGUAACAUGAAGCGGACGUAACAUGAGGUAUGACUGUACAGUGGUACCUCGGGGGACAGAUGCUUCAGGUUACAGACUCCGCUAACCCAGAAAUAGUACCUUGGGUUAAGAACUUUGCUUCAGGAUGAGAACAGAAAUCGUGUGGUGGUGGCACAGCAGCAGCAGGAGGCCCCAUUAGCUAAAGUGGUGCUUCAGGUUAAGAACAGUUUCAGGUUAAGAACGGACCUCCGGAACGAAUUAAGUUCUUAACCCAACGUACCACUGUAUUAUUAUUUAAAGAAGUCUCAGUGUGGUUCACAGAACAAAAUCAAAAUAUAAAACCACAAAAUACAUAAUCAAAAUAAAAACAACAACCCAAUAACAGCCCGCCCCCCCCCUUUUUUUAAGGGCAUAGGAUGUCAACCAUGAUACCAUUUUAAAUAGCCAUGGCUUUCCCCUAAGAAUUCUAGGAACUGUAGUUAAGGGUGCUGAGCGUUCUUCGGAGACCCCUUAUUCACUUUGCAGAGCUGCAGUUCCCAGAGGGGUUUAACAAUCAAUCCCUUUUCCCAGGGAACUCUGGGAAAUGUAGUUCUGUGAGGGGAAUAGGGGUCUCCGAAGAGCUCCCAGCACCCUUAACAAACGACACUUCCCAGAAUUCUUUGGGGGAAACCACGGCUAUUUCAAGUGGUGCCAUAACACUUUAAAUGUGUGUGGUGUGGAUGUGGCUUAUGUCCAGAGUCCAAAAGUACUUCACUGCUGCUGCACUGCAGGUAAGACUAUUCAGUCCUAAAUAAAUAACUUAAUGUAACAGAAAAUGCAAAAAGCUCUGCUAUGGAACUGUAAAGCAGGGGGUGGAUUUGUUCUCCGAAAACGUUUCGAGUUUGAGCGGUGGGACGAGGUCUCCAGGGUUCAUGAGACCCCAGAUAUACCUUUAUAGUUUCGCCUCCGUUUGUAAUACAGUUCAGUAUAUUUUACAUGGAGUCAUUGAUGAAUGUACAGUAUGUCACUUUUUAAAACAAGAAAACCCCACUUUGAUUAAUUAUCUGAUAACGAAGCAUAUCCUACAAGUGUAACAAGUCUUUAAAAUGUCUUAAUUGACGUGAGAAGAUUGAUUUGCUACGAACUGCUCUGUUUACAAGAACAGCAAUUAUGCAUUGCGGUGCUUCCAAGGGAGGCCAGGGGGCAGAACUCUCCGGAAUUGUGAUUAGGCUCUUGUGAACAAUUUUGGCACAUGCACACAAACAGAAAGAGGCAGGCGAGUCGCUCGUGGCAUCGCUGCUCCUUUGUUUGGCCAGGUGUUGCAUUUCUUGAGUCAGAGACAAGUUUUUCUUCGCCGUGAUCUUGACAAAGCAACAGAGGCAACGGUCUUUGCCAUAUUCUUGGGGAAAUAUUGCCAUCCUGCCCCUUGAGUCAGUUGGACUGGCCUCCUCCCCACCUCCAGGCUGACAAUGGGCGGCCUGGGUUUUCAGAAGGGCUUCCUGCCCCCCCUGCCCCCAAACCUAACAUACAUAGGCCUGGCUGCCUCCUGCUAAAUCAAAUAAUUGGUUCAUCUAGCGGUGGGGAACUGGAUCCAUCCAGCGGGUGGGAUCGUUCUCUCCUCUGCCAGUGCAGGCCAAAAUCCAACCAACUGCCAGUUGUCUGAUGCCACAACCAGGUGACCUUUUGGAUCUUUCAAAGCCCUCUGCGCUUUGAAGCUGCAGGGGCAGGAGGCUACUGGUCUUCCAAAGCUCUCUGAUUCCCAAGCUGCCAUACACAGAGCUUUGUGCAGGGGCUUUGCUGAUUGGCAGUGCCUGUGAAAAGACAAUGGGAGUCGCCUUUCAACUGAGCAAUGUUUUCACCUGUCCCACAACCUCAGGUGUGUGGCAGGCUCCACCCCGUUCCCCUUCCAGGCAUUCUGAGGCAUGUCUGCAGGGUGCUGACAGACAUGCAAGUUGAGAGCCUUGCAAAGGCCUGUUUCCUGAUCACGUGUGUUUGCCACAAGGUCGCUUUUGAAAGGUACUUCCAGGCUUCUUUAAAUUGGCCUUGCAUAUCGGAUCUUCUUCGUGCAAAGCAAGGGCUCUACUUGCUUUGAGGCAAGGCCUCUGAAGGCCCCACCUUGCAGCAGUGGAACUGAGCCUGAACAGGGCCUGGGCCUGGGGAUUUGCAGGUCCAUUGUUCCAUAGCAUAAGAAAGGUGAGAUACAAGCAGGGAGGACGCGUCCUGUUUUGCCGCUUGAGAAGUGCUGCCCUGCCCUGCGACACUGGGUCUGCUGCACUGGCGCAGAUUUCUCCUGAUGCCGCAUGAUUUUGGCAACAUCUUGCCAGAAAUCAGCGCUGAUGUCAGCGACUGAGGCAUCAGAGUGCCCAUGGAGGUGCUGUCACUACCUGAGGCAAUGGCCUUAUCCCACCUAAUGUCUGGGCCGGCCCUGAAUACAAGUGUAGGAAAAACCAAAGUAAAAUCCAAUUCCAAAACAUCUCCUUCCUCCAGACCGUUUCUUCUACAUAAUGUGGACACACAAAGCCCUAAACACAAAGCCUUCUCGGUAGUGGCACCCGCCCUGUGGAACACCCUCCCACCAGAUGUCAAAGAGAAAAGCAACUACCAGACUUUUAGAAGACAUCUGAAGGAAGCCCUGUUUAGGGAAGCUUUUAAUGUUUAAUAGGUUAUUGUAUUUUAAUAUUCUGUUGGAAGCCGCCCAGAGUGGCUGGAGAAACCCAGCCAGAUGGGCAGGGUAUAAAUGAUAAAUUAUUAUUAUUAUUAUUAUUAUUAUUAUUAUUUAUUAAAUGCCCAAAUAGGCAAAGGAAUGACUUUCCUUAUUUAUGCUGGGCUUUCCUUUCUUGGACAGGAUGGGAAACUUGUAGGCCUCUGGAAGUUGGUGGGUGAAAACUCAGCCCCAGCCAGUGUGACUAAUGGCCAGGGAUGCUGGGAGCUUCAUGGAUGGAUGGCUACUCGUUUGGUACACCGCCCUUCCUCCCAAAGGAGCCCAGGGCAGCAGACAACAGAUGAUAAAACAGUAAAAAAAUUAUGUGUAAGAGAAUGCAAUACAGCUGCAGGCAAAAGACAAUCUCAGUUGAAAAGCCUUGUGGAGAGAUGAAGGCUGUAAUCCAACAUCAUUCUUCUCUAUUGACUGGCACGGGUUGGGGAGAGAUACGCCUGGGAAUCCCUAUACUAGUAAAGUAACUUGGCUGGCUUUGGGUGCUACGCAGAGCGCCUUAUAAUAAUAAUAAUAAUAAUAAUAAUAAUAAUAAUUAAUAAAUGGGUUUACCCAGCCACUCUGGGCGGCUCCCAACUGAAUAUUAAAAACAGUACAGCAUCAGACAUUAAAAUCUUCUCUAAACAGGGCCGCCUUCAGUUGUCUUUUAAAAGUAAAAUAGUUGCUUAUUGCCUUGAUAUCUGCUGGGAGGGCAUUCCACAGGGCAGGCACCACUACCGAGAAGGCCCUCUGCCUGGUUCCCUGUAACCUCACUUCUCGCAGGGAGGGAACCGCCAGAAGGCCCUCAGUGCUGGAUCUCAGUGUCCGGGCUGGACGAUGGGGGUGGAGAUGCUCCUUCAGGUAUACUGGGCUGAGGCCGUUUAGGGCUUUAAAGGUCAGCACCAACACUUUCAAUUGUGCUCGGAAAUGUACUGGGAGCCUUGGGCUGGGGAUGGGCUCUUUCAGCUGCUCUGCCUCAGAGCAACUAGGCCUGAGAGUCGGCACCAAGGUAGACAGACCAGAGGUGUGACCUGGUGCAAGGCAGCUUCCCCAGUGCGUAAUGGGAGUUGCAGACCCACGGGCCUUUGUCGUUUUUCCCCAGAGGGCCUUUUUCUCAAAGAUGCUGAGCCCAGGGGACUUUGCUCAGGUGAGAAUCUCAAAGUCCAGCAGCGCCAAAGUGGCAGCCGGCCAGGUGGUGAUGUAAGCCAGCUGCAGAUAAGGCACGAGGGGAAACCAGGGGAAAGGAAAAAGGAGGUUGCAUUGUGCUUUGUUUCAUGAUUAGCGUGAUAGGGUGUACAUUUUCAUUGGUUUUUAUUUGUCUGAAAACUGCCUAGAGGACUUUGGUCAACGGGGUGGUCUGGAAAUGAAACAAAGUGGGAAGUGGGAGGAGAUACGGCAGGCAAAUACACCUGCUCGCUUGCCAGAGCUGCUCCGUUCCCAACCGUGACAUCUCAUAUCUCGCAGGAGGCUGGGCUAGCAGCCUGUGUUCUCUUCUGUUGUUUAGGUUUUUUAACAGCAUCAUCAGGUGCGAUGUGAGUGAACAGGCCCCUGCCCUGAGGAGCUUACAGCCUACAAUUUGAUGCAUACGGAGGAGACAAGGAGAAAGGGAGGGAAGGCCGGUGUAAACCGAGAAACGAUAUGCCACUGGCUUUGGUCCUUUUCUUAAAAUAAGGAUAAGGUGACACCCAUAGUCAUUGAUAGGCCUGUUCCCUAGUAGUUGCCAUAGCCAACAGAACCUGCAGUCCAGGUUCAGACACCGCGUGCUUCUGAAAACCAGGUGCUUAAGACAAACGCUGCGAGAGAGCACUUGCCUCCCUGCCGUACCUGUCAGGCUUCCCAAAAGCACAUGGCUGUGGUCACACUGGGAAUCCGGAAUCAGAACUUGAUGGACCAGGGCAAAUUUCACAUCAUGUCCCUAGUUCAGUGUGAUGUGCUGAAGCCUCGGGCUCACCUGCUCCUUCCUCUCCUCUGGCACACGAGGUGGUGUUCAGCUACGUUUUAUUCAGAGCAGACCUAUGGAAAUUAAUGGACCUAACUUGGUCAUGUUCCUUUAUUUCAAGUGGGUCUACUCUGAGGAAAAAACUCUGUUGCAUAUUGCCCAUACUGAUUAGCUCCUUUCUUUCCAAGUUUGAGCCCAACCAUGGUUUGCCAUUUCUCCAUACCCAGCAAACAAUGGUUUGCACGUUUCCUGGCACAGAGCUUGAUCCUAGCUUUGAUUCGCCAUUUGCGGGAUGACAUAGGAGACUGCAAUUUGCCUCAGACCAGAAAAAGUGGAGAAAGGAAUUUCCAUGUGCUGAGGGGGCGGGGGAGAGGGUGGCAGGCUUACACCGGGUUUCUUUCUCUAGCUCCAAACCAUUGCUGCUAUUAUUAUUAUUAUUAUUUAUUACUAGUAUUAUUUAUACCCCACCCAUCUGGCUGGGUUGCCCAGCCACUCUGAGAGGCUUGCAACGCAUAUAAAAACAGCUGGAUGCUGCCUCUGAACAACCUCAAGAGUUGCUGUUUGUAUGAGAUUUGGGUUACGUUCACCUUGACCCUACUCAGCAAGGCCCUCAACGGAGGAAGAAUUAGAACGAGGCGAAGGAAGAAGAUCUUGAUUUACACCCACUCACUUUGGAAGCUCCAGCAGAUCCUCACCAACGGCCGUAGAGUGCCUGCCGGUCUCAAGAUGUCCAGUUUUAGAUGGCGAGCCAAAGUUUUGUUGACAGAUGCACAGCUGUGUGGCUCUUUUUCUUUUCCUCCCCAAUGGGCCUCGGCCUUUGCAUCGACUUCAUCCGGUUGGAACUGAAUCCGCGGCAAUCUUGGAAGCCGCAGAGAAGAUUGCUGUUGGAAACAUUGCGAAAGAGCUCCGAUAUUUCCUAUAGUUCAGCUUAUAAUAACCAACAGGUUCUUUUCAUGUGGGCAGCGGCUGCAUAAUCCCUCCGUCGAUUCGAGCCUUUUCUCUCCUGUUGCUCCGUAUUGUCUGGUUUGUAGGCACAAAGCGCACUGCUGAAAGCCAGACUCUUGCAGAGCCAGCCAGAUAGAGAGGCAAUCGCAGAUCACCAUGAAUGCACAGUGAAAAAGAUGCCUGGCACAAUGCAGGGAGGCGGGCAGGCCUGAGGGUGUUUCUGUAAUAUAUUUUGGUUGGUUGGUUGGAUGAGUUGCUGUGUUGAACUCCGUGGGGCUCAAGCUGGCAUGAAUGCUUCUUAACAAAUAUGCAGAGUCUGGGUGUGAGAGGCUGAUGAGGGAUCUCCUGCUGCUAAGGAUCACGCAGGGCUUCCUGGGCCAAGUUAUGCACACACAAAACCCGAAUCAAUGGGCUUGCUUAGAAUCUAAAGAUUGUAACUGCAAUAAAAGUCACGCCGAGGCAUUUGUAUGCCUAUUACUGCAUUCCAUUAUGAGUCAUAACAGCCUGUUUGAUCGCUUGCCUGGUAGAUGCUUAUUCAUCUGUUUCUGGGCCUGAUUCUGGCACGGAAGCUUCCUUGGUUGCACCUGCUGGGUGAUGUUCUCCAAGGAACAGGAACGGAGGAUCCUGGAAACUGUAGUUUGCUAAGGGUACAUGCAUUGGCUCCCAGUACAUUUCCGAGCACAAUUCAAAGUGUUGGUGCUGAACUUUAAAGCCCUAAACGGCCUUGACCCAGUAUACCUGAAAGAGCGUCUCCAGUAGUGGCACCCUUCUCAGUAGUGGCACCUGCCCUGUGGAGCACCCUCCCAUCAGAUGUCAAGGAAAUAGGCAACUAUCUUACUUUUAAAAGGGAUCUGAAGGGAAGUUUUUAAUGUUUACUGCUGUAUUGUGUUUUUAAUAUUCGGUUGGGAGCUGCCCAGAGUAGUAGUAGUAAUAAUAAUAAUAAUAAUAAUAAUAAUAAUAAUAAUAAUAAUAUGGUACUUUGAAUGGUAGUUCUGUGAGGGGCAGACUAAAGUUCCCAUGGUUCCGCAAAGGAAGGCAUGCGCUUUAAAUGUAUGGUGUGCACAGAACAUUUCCUCCUGGCUCCAUUCCCUCCUCUGUUGUCCCCUCCGUAAGUCCCUUGAGGGCAGUGUUAGUUGAAGGUGUUGAGAGUUGUUAGGAGACCCCUGUUCCCCUCACAGAGUGAUGAUUUGCAAAGUGGCUUAACAGCCCGUCCUUCCCAAGAAACCUGUGGCUGUCUUACAUCCAGUCCGCCUGACAAGCCCUUGACAACAGCCUGAUAGGUUUCAGGGACAAAGGGCAUCUUCAAAUGCAAUGAAAAGGCUUGAGGCACAGGAUCUAAGAGUGGAAUUAGGAAACUGCUGAGGCUGGUAGUCAAUGGGCCUGUGCAGGAUGGUGAGGUGAAGGGAAAGGGGUGUGAUAGAGGAGAUGAUGAAGAAAUAUAGGCAGGCCUGAUUUUGGGUUUAAGGCCGCUUCCCAUGGCCUGUGUUUGCUGAGCAUCAGACCAUCCAUGCCACACAGCAAACGUCUUUUGAAUCCCCAAGGGAUUUCUCAAAAUCAGAGCAGUUUUUUGGGGGUGGCGGUUGCUGAUUUUACAGGAAAGCGUUAAAACUUUCACCAGGCAAUGUUGCAAGUAGAUAUUUGGAUUCUGGCCCUUGAUCGCAAUAUCAUUUCCAGUUGGGGAAAGAAAAGGUUAUCCAGUUCUCCUCCAUUUUAAGACACUAUAGGGAUGUACAAGGCCUGGCUUCUGACAAAUGAGGUGAGAUUUGAUGCAAAAUGACAAGAUGUAGAGGCAGCUGCUAAGAUACAGGCAGCUUCGCUUCCUGACAGUGUUGGAGCGAUGACAUUAAGCUCAGGGGGCUUCCAAUUCCACCUUUGCCAGAUGUCCACAUCCAUCUUUUCUGCUAUGUCAUCUGUGGGAAUGCUCUCUCACCUAAACAUUAGGAAGAACUUCCUGACAGUAAGAGCUGUUCAACAGUGGAACUUGCUGCCAAGGAGUGUGGCGGAGUCUCCUUCUUUGGAGGUCUUUAAGCAGAGGCUUGACAACCAUAUGUCAGGAGUGCUCUGAUGGUGUUUCCUGCUUGGCAGGGGGUUGGACUCGAUGGCCCUUCUGGUCUCUUCCAACUCUAUGAUUCUGUGAUUCUUCCCUCUGCCACCAGUUAUUUCUGGCGAUUCCUCCAGUGUCGUCUGUUGCUCGUUUUCCUGCCUUGUUUCUGUUCCUUUGAAUGACUUUUCAAGUUUUAAAUGUUUUCGGUUCCUGCAGUGCUCGUGUUUCCUCCUUUCUCCUUUUUUUUCGGCGGAGGUUCCUGGAAAUCAGCCCACGUCCUUGCCACGGCUCAGCUGUUUUAAGGACACAUCUGCAGCAUAAAUAUAGAAUGCAUCCGAUUCAUAUGUAAAACACAUUAUUUGCCCACCCCCCCAAAGAAUCCUCGGAACUGCAGUCCGUUUGUCCCCCCAGCUGCAAUUCCCAGAAACUUUAACAAACUACUGUACUGUUCAAUGAUUCUUUGUGGUGGGGGGAGGGAAGUCAUGUGCUUUAAAUGUGCCUUGGAUGUGUAGAUCUGCCCUAAAUCUUCCCUGUUUCUGAACAAUCUUCUCUACUCCCCCCCCCCCCGGCUGCCUGUGUUUGUGUGUGUUGUCCGUUGUCUGUGCUAGUGUGAGGUGUCUGCCCAUUGCCAGGCCUAGUUAUGGCACUUUGGUCCUGCCCACCUUGGUUCCAAGUUGUAAAUCUUGGGUCCAAACUAAGUCAAAUGCACCAAUGGAAAAAUUAGUGCUAAGUUGCGUUAGGGUGCCACCCUGAGCACAUUUGACUUACAGAACACGACUCACUGAACACAGUUUCUCCCUGCUGAAGGGAGCAGGGAGGACAGCAGGCGGAGAUUCACAGCGGAAGGUGCCAUAGCUUAGCCGUACAGUGGAACCUCAGAAGUCGAACGUAAUCCGUUCCGGAAGGACGUUCGAAUUCUGAAAUGUUCAAAUUCCGAGGCAUGGCUUCCGAUAGGCUGGCAGCUAGGCUUUUUGUGGAUCGGAAGCUGCGUCGGACGUUCAGGUUCCAAGGAACUUUUGAAAACUGGAACACUUACUUCCAGGUUUUCGACGUUUGGGAGCCGAAACGUUUGGGAACAGAGCGGUUCAAGAACCAAGGUUCCACUGUAGUGUCAGGAGCCGGCCUGUGAUGUUAACUCUUCCCCCCCCUUUUUUUUCAAAGAAACCAAACCAGCGCAGGCCUAGCGAUCACAGCAACUCUUCCCGGGAGGUCUUGCCCCAGUGAGGCAGUUGCAAGGACUGAAGGUCCCUGCCCUCCCACCACUCUCUAAGGCUUCUCCCUUGGGUCCUACCCCCGCAAAGCUCCUUCGCCUUGUCUCUCUUGGCUCCACCCUCUUCAUUCCUCUCUCUGUUCUGGGAGACCAGAGGGGAGGGGAGCUGCUCACAGCAGGAGGGGGAGACUCUGUGGCUUCUUCAGCAGCCUUCACUCAUCUCUGCCUUUUUUGCAUCUCUCCCUCUGGCAUUUGCCUGGCUCUUGUGGGGAAUAGCAGAAUGUUGGGCUGGGUGGGGAUCUUCCAUCUGAUCCAAGAGGGGCUCUUCAGGCGUUCUUAGGAAGAGCAACAAAGCCUUCUGUGGUCUCCAAAGUGCACGUCGCCAGGAGGUGUGAGACCACCAGAACCCACAUUUCCUCUGCCUGCCCUUUCCCCCGAUCUAACACGGAGUUGGUCUCCCCAGGUGGGCGAAGCAGACGCCUCAUGCCCGGGCGCAGAUCUUGUACUACCUGGCUGAGAACCUGGAACUCCGCCGAGCAGAGGUUGCAUCGCGGCUGGAGGCGUUGGCCGGUGCCAAGAAAGAGGCGUCUCUGCAGGAGGUGGACCUCUGCGUGCAGCGGCUCUUCUACUGGGCGGCGUACUCCGAUAAAUACGGAGGAGCUGUGCAGGUGCGAACUGGGCAGGCAGGGCCAUAGAGCUAAGCACAUGGCACAGGACACUCCCCACCCCUAUAGCUUUUGGGGGACUUGGCUCUACAAGCUUGGAAAGGUUUGGGAGAAGGGCCACAACUCAGCAGGGAAGCAUGGGCUUUUCAGGCAGAAGGUCCCAGCUUCAGUUCCUGGCAUGUCCCAGUAAAAGGAUCCAGCAGCAAAGGAUGGGAAAGGCCUUCAGCUGAGAUCCUGGAUUAAAGAGACACAAAACCUCCUAUAUCCCAAGGGAUGAUGCAGCCCAGACUGUGGGUCAGCUGAAGUUCCUCCCAGAUGCCGAACAGUUGGAUGGGAAGUUUUGCACAUAUUUUUUGUUUGGGUGACCCUGUGUUUUAGUCUCUAUCUUUUAAUGAGCACCAUAUGAUGUCUGCACUUAGCCAGAUUAGAGAGAAAGGCAGACUUUGGGGAGCGGGCUGGAUGGUGGGGGUGUCCACAUGGAGCUUCCAUUUGGGGGUGGGUUUAUUAUCUCCUUUCACAGUCUAUAUUAACCACCCCAAACCUCACUCACUGAACGCCUUCUGCGUGCUUUCCUUUUUUUAUGUUUUAUUGUUCACUAUCACAUCUUUACAACACCAUCUUAUUAUCAUCGAAUCAAAAACAUCACAAAACACAUAAAGAACAGAACAACUUUCAAACAAUAAAUUUCUUCAUGAACAUCAGACUUCCCUUCCCUUCCAUAUCCGAUAUUUAAACUUGUCUGAUUUAUUAUUAACAGAAUAUUACUGCUUCUAUCUAUUUUUUGUUCACAUAUAUUAUCUACAGAAAUUACUCUCUCUGUUGCAGGAAACCUCUUUGUACGGCGCCUCCCUCCUCUUUCGGGAGCCUCUCGGUGUCGUCGGCAUCGCCUGCCCCGAUGAACAGCCUCUCCUCGCUUUCGUCAGCUUGCUGGCUCCUGCUGUUGUCCGUGGCAACUGUGUGGUGAUGGUCCCCAGCCAGCGGUUCCCAUUACUCGCCCUGGAUUUCUACCAGGUACAAUGCUUUCUAGCCUAUCUUGUAGAUCAGGGUGCAGGGGGUCUGAGUCCCAGGGACCAAAUGCAGCCCCCCAGGCCUCUCUGCCUGGUCCUUGUGACUUUUGCCAGACCACAACCCUUACUGGCUCUGCUUAGUACCCUCCUUGAAUGUUUUUACACUGGCUUCUCCAUACACUUUUGUCUCUGGCACCAUCACUGCCAUGCGACUCUUGGAAGGGAUUGUGGCCCUCAGGGAUGCAGGAGGUUCCUUGUCCCAUUUGUAGAUCAAAUAAAGUGUAUCUCUGUGUCCUCUCCAUCCAUUCAGAUGGUCUUUUAUGCAUCGGUCAUUUGUUCUCGUUGGGUUCAUUAGCAUUUAAGUGUAUAGAACUUAGAACCUUUGAUGUGUGUGUGUGCCAAGAUGAUUCAAAUCAGAGUAUCACUGGGAUCUUUCCAGCUGGGAUCUUUCCAAGUUUUUAAGGGACAGUGUAAGCAUAACUUAUACAUGCACCCCUUUUCCUUCCCCUAUCUGUUAUUAAAAUGAUCCCAAAUCCCCACUAUAGAGGGGAAGGGUUUAGACUGGCCACGUUGCUCAAUUUCAUAUACUUUGACUUGGAAUAUGAAUCUCAGCAACUCACUGCACUUACACCAGUACACCUCAGUUUUUCUCUGACUUGGAUUUUAAUCUGAGCCAGGGAAGAAUUCAACUCCCCUCCUCCUCGUCCCAUUAGCUGGUUUCCAUCCUCCUCCGCCAGCUUCUCACAUUACUGCUGUUCUGGCAGAUAUUAACCAUAGCUUCUGUUGCAUGGCUUGCUGCAUUUGAAGUACAAGAUACCAGGAGUCAAGGGCAGGAAGGGGGAGAAAAGGAGAGACUGGCCUCCCAUCCUCUUCAGUCAAUAGUAGCAACACCUGAGCAAAGUCAGAGGAUGCAGGUGGGAGGAAAUCAGACUGCAUUGCACUUCCAGGGAUGUCAUUUUCAGGGCAACGGCAUCCACUUUUUCAUUCAGCUGGACGAUGGAGGUUUCUCUUUGACCCAUUUGCCUGGGGAUUUCUCGCACGGUUCCCUUUUUAAAGAACUUCUGGCAUGAACACAAGCAAGUGUGGCUUCUGUGGUCCCCAUGAAGGAAUGCAGAUUCCCUCACUUGGGGAAACCCGAAGUCUGCGCUCCAUAAGUUGCGUAACUGAAGACGGUAGCACACAUGUACUUGGCUCUGAUAUGGGGGGAUAAUUCAGCUUUUCCAGAGAGGUGCAUUUUUUUUUCUGUUUUGCAAAGAAAUGAAUAAGAAGGGGGAGAUGAAAAAGGUGUUGCUUAGCCACUUCAGUCAAACGUGAUUUGCUAACUGGAAGGCAGGAGGUGAAUAUAACACCUCCCCAUGAAUUUUUCUCUUUCGGGGAAAGAAGAAGCUUUCUCAGUUUCUCUUCCCCAUGAGCCUCAUUCACAAAUUGUGGUGCUUUGGGGAUGCAGAAUGGAGGAAGUUUGGGGAGGUCAUGGCACCCUUCAUUUUCCUGCUUGAAUAAGCAUAAUUUUCAAGACUGGAAACGAAAGCUUCCUGUUUUCAUCCCUUCUGUUCCUAAUGUAGUUCUUUUGUGUUCUAGACUCUUCUCCCAUGUACAAAAUGCACCCUAAAUGUUCCCUUUAUUUUUUUUAAAUUGGGAGCGGGCAAAUUUUAUUUGAUAGUUUAAUAUGUUAUAAACCACUUUUGAAGGUUUCUUGCUUAAAAAUAGAAAGUGGUGUAGAAAUGAAAUUAUUAUUAUUGUUAUUACUAUUAUUAUUAUUAUUAAUACAGAACUUGGCUUCGCAAGAGUGCAGCUUGGUGAGGUUAGGCAUGUGUCACAUAUAGUUGUCCAGGGAAUGAACUCCUCCAAUGAAAUGAUCCCAGGGGGUGGGGGGCAGUGUUAGUUGAGGGAAUGUGAUGAAAGUUUCUAUAAAAUGUAGGCACAGUGUGAAGAAAGUGGUUUAGGGAAAACCGCUCUCAGAAUGACUCAGACCCGCAAGAGGGCAGCUGCAGCAGCCUCCAGUGAAACAGACAAGGAGACAGUUCAGGGCAGGCAAAAGGAAGUUCUUGUUUACAUAUUAUUGGAUUAAUUUGUGGAAUUCUCUUUUGGAAGGUAAAAGUGAUGACUGCAGGCGUAGGCAGCUGUUGAUCUGGGGCCCGAUCUGGUGGAAUGCUCUGUCACAAGAAACUAGGGCCCUGCGGGACUUGACAUCUUUCCGCAGGGCCUGCAAGACAGAGCUGUUCCACCAGGCCUUUGGCCAAGGCACAGUCUGACUGACGCUCUCUCUCCUUCUGUAAUCUUCAUAGAACUCUAGCCCAAUGGUUGCCAUUAAUUUGAUUCUGAACUGAUUUUAAAAUGUAUUUCAAUGAAUUGACUGUGAUUUUAUGUAAACUAUGCUAUUUUUACUGUUGUUAGCUGCUCUGAGCCCGGCUUUGGCUGGGGAGGGCGGGGUAUAAUUUUUAUUUUUAUUAUUAUUAUUAUUAUUAUUUAUUAGAUAUUAGACAGUUUCAUGGAGGGUGUCAGUGCUUCUGUGGUUUUCCAGGGACCGUUCAGGUUGCAGCAGCUACAGCAUCUGGGACAGGUGUCUGCUCAGCCUCUGUUUAAAUAUUUCCAGUGAAAAGAGAGGGCAUUGCCUUCCACGGCAGCCUCUCCUGAAAGUAGGAAUAAAUAUAUCCUAACAACAUUCAUUGAGGUUGUAGUUUUUUUUGUUUUUGUUUUUUUACUAAAACUGGGGUGGAGAAUAUUAUUACUAAUAUCAGUACUACACUGUAAAUACAUUAAUACAAGUCAUUAACAAAAGGAAACAAGCUGUUACCUCCAUAUGUGGUGCUGUUACGUAAAAAGAAACGGCCAACACACAAACACUUUAGUAGCAAGGGCAUACGGUGAAUUGGCCCGUUGUUCUGGGUGCAGAAUGCUGCAGCGAAGCUCCUCACAGGGUCUCUGCCAUGGGAGCAUAUUCACCCAGUGCUUUUCCAGCUGCAUUGGCUCCCGGUGGAGUACAGGGUCAGAUUUAAGGUGCUGGUUUUGACUUUUAAAGCCCUUCACGUCCUAGGACCCUCGUACCUAUGGGACCGCCUCUCCUGGUAUGCCCCACGGAGGACCUUAAGGUCCAUAUAUAACAACACCCUAGAGGUCCCGGGCCCUAAGGAGGUCUGAUUGCCUCAACCAGAGCCAGGGCCUUUUCAACACUGGCUCUGGCCUGGUGGAAUGCUCUUUCUCUUGAGACCAGGGCCCUGCGGGGUCUGAUCUCUUUCCACGGGGCCUGUAAGACAGAGUUGUUCCACCUGGCCUUUCGCUCAGAAUCAGUUUGAUUCCCUCCCCCUCUUUCUUUUUCCUUUCUCUUCCUAUGAAGAGAUUGCUCCCUAAUUCUUUUAAUGUUGUAUCUUAAUCUUUUAAAUUGUAUUUUAAUCAACUUGUUUUUAUUAUUGGUUGUUAGCAGCCCUGAGCCUGGUCUUGGCUGGGGAGGGCGGGGUAUAAAUAAAAUAUUAUUAUUAUUAUUAUUAUUAUUAUUAUUAUUAUUCAUGGAUAAAUAAUGAUAUAGUAGAAUAAUAGAUUUGUCAAGUUGGAAGGGACCCAGCUUUGAACAUUGCUGAACAUUGCAGGGGUUCAGCCCCCUGCAAUGCAAACCCCUGCAAUAUGAUUAGUGAUCAAUUAAUUAAUAUUGUUAUUGGUACUCUGUCUGUUUACCUGUACUUGAGCAUGUGUUAAAUGAAUUGGACCAGCUGACAUCCCAUUAUCUGCCUUUCAUCCAUUCAUUCAUUUUACUUGUGUGCCCUUUUUCCACCCAGAAACUCAUUCUCAAAGCAGCUUACAACCAAGAAACAGGGGAUUAAUUUCAAGCAAAUCCUAUGAAAACAAUUUCACAAGAACAUAGGAAAACAUAGCAACAAUUUCAUAACAUAGCACAACAGUAGCAAUUCCAUAAUAACAUAACAAAACAAUAGCAAAUAUAAUAACAUACAGAAACCACAUUCCAAUACAAUAUAACACGAUUACUUAAGCGGUGGUCAAGUUGCUUGCGGGGUGAGAGGGAACCGGCAACAGUAGCGUUCCACAAUGGCAGCCUUUUCCCACUUCUGUUUUUUCCUUUGGGUGUGUUGAUCAGGAUACCGAUCUGAUUCGGUGUGAGGAUUCAAGUUUCGUUGCCAUUUUUUAUGUUCUCGAUUUCCUCUUCAUGGCUCACUUUCAGAUUCGGGGGGGGGGGGGGGCGGAGAGAGAAUCUUGUGUGGCGUUUAUGAAAGCAGCCAAAGCAGAAACCGCGCUCUCUUUGGCAAAUGUUGUAUAUGCAUUUCCAGAAUUUGUCUCGCCAAGGAUUGCAAAAUACAGUGCUGAGCCCAGAGUGUUUUGUCCCAAUUUAGUCAAGGAAUGUGGAGGAGCCUUUCUGUGAGACUCUCCAUCUAUGUGACCAGGCAAAGCAGAGAGAGAGAGAGACAUAGCUGUCAAGCGUCCCUUAUUUGGCGGGACAGUCCCUUAUCCCAGCGCCAUGUCCCGCUGCUGUCCCUUAUUGGUGAGGCUUCGUUUGGCUGCUGGCUGGGCUUUCUGCCUUUGGCUCGGAGGGGCUCAGAAGUUGAACAUUCCUGUGCCCAGAAAAUCCCUUAUUUUGACUGCUGAUCCCUUAUUUUCGAGGCUGCUGGUCCCUUAUUUUCCAAUCUGUAAGUUGACAGCUAUGGAGAGAGAGAAGGUCGUAUCCAAUGCUAGUCCUGCUCAGACCCAUUGAAAUGAAUUGGCAUGAUUAACUAAGGUUUAUGAACGUCAGUGGGUCUGCUCUGCGUAAGGCAAGAACACAACCCAGUGGGAUCACCAGGCUGGUUCUAGGAGCAUGGCAGAGCAGAAGCUAAAAUGAUGGCUCUUCAUCUUCAUCAUGUUAUUAACUCCCCUGCCUUAUUACUUCAGCCUAGAGGAGAGGAUGACACAAGAAACCAGUCAGGUUUAGAUUAGGGCUCAUAACAGCAAAAUAAACUUAUAUUACUAUAUUACCAUACUUCUCUAAAGUAAACUUGUUAAACUAUCUACUGUAAUAAAAGACCUGGAAGUCUCAGCACUGAGUCCCUGUCUGUAUAAUAAGUUCAAAAAAAAAGCAGCAUGUUCUACAGCCCUACCUAUCCCAAAACUCUGAGCCCACCUCUAUAGUAAAUCUAGGGUUGCCUGGUAUUUCCCAGACGUAGCCUGAAUACUGCAGCUGGAAGCAGUACCUGGGCGGAAAUCACCGAAAAUCCAGAUGUAUGGCAACCGAAGUGUAGAUUUUGGUGUGUCUCCUUAAAAAUAGCUCAAACUUUGUUUAUUCAGAUCCUGCCACAAAAUUUCAACAACUUUGGCAAAAAAAAAUUUUAAAGCUCAACUUUGGCCAAAACAGUAACAACCACCCUAAGUAGCUUAUCAAACAGGACACCAUCUCCAUUUGAUAUAUGAGUUGGUGGUUCUGCUUUAUCGCCACUGUUUAGUAUAAAGGUAAAGGUAAAGGGACCCCUGACCAUUAGGACCAGUCGUGGCCGACUCUGGGGUUGUGGCACUCAUCUUGCUUUAUUGGCCGAGGGAGCCAGCGUACAGCUUCUGGGUCGUGGCCAGCAUGACUAAGAGCAGUGCAUGGAAAUGCCAUUUACCUUCCCGCUGGAGCGGUACCUAUUUAUCUACUUGCACUUUGACGUGCUUUCGAACUGCUAGGUUGGCAGGAGCAGAGACCGAGCAGCGGGAGCUCACCCCAUCACGGGGAUUCGAACCGCCGACCUUCUGAUCAGCAAGUCCUAGGCUCUGUGGUUUAACCCACAGCGCCACCCGUGUCUCUAUUGUUUAGUAUACUUUGAUAUUAAGAGACACCAAGAAUGAUAGCUGUUAGCAGCUUGAGAAAGAAAAGAGAGUAACUUCCUGAAUCUGCACCACAGAAUGAUGUUCCUUAUGCAUAUAGCCUAGUGUCCAUUUGUCAGAGAAACCUAAAACUAUUAGCCUUUAAAGUACCACAAUCCACAUAUAUAAAUCGGCAGGUGAAAGCGGAGCUACACGUCCAGCUUCCUACUUUGCCACACGUGUGAAUGCGCCCCCUCUGGAAAGUAAGGAUACUGCAAAACAUUUUGUAGCUGGGGCAACCAAUGGCUCUUUAGCAUAGAAAGCUGUGUAGCUGAAAACAUUGAGGAUGACAGCUGCAAUGGCAACUGGUUUGAGAACAGACAGAAAGACCAAAUAAGUCUUAUCCCAAGGAGACACAGGGCGUUUCUCCAAUUCCCUGCACAGACUCUUCAAGAGGUUCCUGCCAGCAAUGCAACCUCUUUUUCAUCACUGAUGCAGGAAUGUACCACUAUCUAGUUUGAAAUUAUCUGUUACUGGCCACUAGGAUUAGUUCAACAAUUUAAGGGGGAAAUCAGUCUUCUCCUUGUCAAGAUCUUGGGGCCUCUUAAGCAGCAGGUGCUCAGAAUAAUAAACAAGCUGUAACUCCCUUUCAAUUUUUAUUUUUAAAAAAUCUAUUUGUAUUACAAGCAACUCCCCAUUUACGCGGAGGUUACAUUCCGGGCCUCCAUGCGUGCCAGUGAAAUUCGCAUAAAUGGGAAUUGCGAGGAGACCCUCCCUGGAAUCCGAAGAGGACAUUUUUGGACUCCAGGGAGGGUCUCCUCGUAAGCCACGAGGACUCUCCAAACUUAAUCAAGUUUAUAAUACCAGCAGCUCAACAGGUAAUAGUGAAGAAUUCAAAGAUGGCUGGCUGCUUAAUCCCAAAUCAGUGGUAUUGGGAAUUAUGGCAAAGAGCAAUUAUUGGAAUACAGCAUUCAUUCAAACAAGGGCGUGGCAAAUAAUUUAGAUUUUUACACGUUCUGGCAUGGCUUCAUAACCUACUAAAUGUGAGGAACCUCUCAGAUGUUGCUAAACUGCUGCUUCCAUCAGCCUUGUCCACUGACCAUGCUCGCUGGGGGUGAUGGGAUUUGUAGUUCAACAUCUAGCAGGACAAAUGUUCCCCACACCUGACCUACACAAGGGAGAAAGGGCUAUCAAAUCCCUUCUAAAACCUUUAUGUGACUGCGGAAGUCCAUCUGGAAGAGUAACUGCCUAUCUGCACAGUGCGGACACAAAUUGUACAGAAAGGAUGUCAGACAAAGGCAAGAUGGGAAAGAGAAAUGAACACAGAACUUAAAACUAUUGCUAUAUAUUGCUGCGUAAAAGCCUCUAAACCAGGCAUAGGCAAACUUGGCCCUCCAGAUGUUUUGAGACUACAAUUCCCAUCAUCCCUGACCACUGGUCCUGUUAGUUAGGGAUGUUGGGAGUUGUAGUCCCAAAACAUCUGGAGUUUGCCUAUGCCUGCUGUAAGCAACAGCUUGCAGCUUUCUGUUCUCUCUGGUUUGGUGUUCAUUUUUAUUACUCUAAUAAAAAAAAAUGUGUUUAUACAAAAAUCUGGGAGGGAGUUAUAAUUUUCCCCUUGAGAGAACUAAAGGCUUAUAAUAACAAGUGAUUUCAAAAUUACGCAGUGACUCAUUCAUAAAUCACUGUCACAAAAAGCUUGUAAAAUUGCUGGCAGGAACCCUUUGGGAUUCUCUCUUCUCUCUUAUCCCACUUUAACAGUCAUGGCUUCCCACCCUUAAAAAAAACAAUAAUAAAUCCUGGAACUCUAGUUUUGUGAAGGGUCUCCUAGCAAUUCUGAGCACCCUGAACAAACUACAGUUCCCACGAUUCUUCAUGGAAAGCCAUGAUUGUUAAAAUGAUACAAGUGUGUGCUUUAGCCCAGAUUUCCUUUACUGCUGCCUGGUAAGGAAAAUGCUAUGAUUUUCCCAUGAAGGAACAUGUAGCUGUCAUUAUUCUGAAGCAAGAGCCGUCUGCAAUGUUCAGGCAUUGAAUCCCCAACUACUUUUACAUGGAAUGAAAAGGAGCACACAUAUAUCUGUGGGACUGUAUGCUUCUGGAGUGGAUGGUGUUUGCCCAAUAGUACAGUGUCUGGGUUUUCGGUUUUGUAUAUUUUCUGACAGAUGGCUAAGUGGAGACAGCUGGUAACAUGCAGUUGAAAGUCAAUGCCCCAGAUUUCUUCCUUUUCUACUCUUUUCCCACACAAGAUCUGAAAAGUUACAUUAUCCCUCAAAUGUUGAUGCGCAUUCUGCACAGUCCGUUCUCUUCCGUGGCACACCUGAAGUAUUCCAACAUGUUGUGGAUCUCUCCCAGUAGUCCUCUGGGACCCAAAUGGGACAAAAAAGUGUGCAAUUUAGAACUUCAAACUCUUAACACCAGCCAGAAGAUUUUGGAGCUGUAGCCAACAAAAGAAAUUUCAGGCACUUUUGUAUAGAACCCAAGGACAAUGGGGUUAUUGCAUUAUUUAAAAAAACCAAAAACCAGAUAUUACAUAAUCCUUGGUGUGUUACCAAUAAACCCAUAUUUUAAAAUGUGUUUCCAGUUUGCCUCAUAGUCUAUAUGGGACCUUUGAAAUCUUGCCUCCAAGAUUUAUUUUGGUGCCGACCAGUACAAUGGUGCAGUCAGGAAAUAGUUGCAGAGGCAAUACAGGGUACAGUUAUUACCGUAUUUUUUGCUCUAUAAGACGCACCAGACCACAAGACGCACCUAGUUUUUGGAGGAGGAAAACAAGAAAAAAGAUAUUCUGAAUCGCUGCACAGUGAAAGCAGCAAUCCCUCUUGCUGUUCUGGCUUCUGGGAUAGCUGCGCAGCCUGCAUCUGCUCCAUAAGACGCACACACAUUUCCCCUUACUUUUUAGGAGGGAAAAAGUGAGUCUUAUAGAGCAAAAAAUAUGGUAAUUGAACAGAACAACAACUGCGUUAGCAGGUUUCAUCCAGGCUACAAUGAACUAACCUCCCAGGCUCUAGUCAUGUGACCAGAAUUCUCUAGGAGUUUGUCUUAAAGUGCCAGUCACCUUUGCAAGAAAUGGCGUCCAUCUCUUCUCUUACCAGGUACUAGAUACUUCGGACGUUCCUGGUGGAGUAGUGAACAUCAUCUCUGGCAACCGGGACCAUUUGAGCCGGGCUUUAGCCGAACACCAAGAUGUGCAAGCUGUGUGGUACUUUGGCUCUAAGGAGGUGAGUAUCCCUUGCAAAUACUGCGGCAAUCUAAUGCAGUUGCCCUGGGAAGAAAAAUGCAGAAUAUGCUACCAGGACAGAGCUGAGCUUCCUGAGAAUCUCUGCUUUUGUUCUGUAUAAAUAAAGCAAGUUCCAGAUCCUUACAUAUGCAAUAGUACACCUUCUUCUCUCAGAGAAAUGAAGUCAUCAUCAAGGCUGUACAGUGGUACCUCAGGUUAAGAACUUAAUUCGUUCUGGAGGUCCAUUCUUAACCUGAAACUGUUCUUAACCUGAGGUACCACUUUAGCUAAUGGGGCCUCCCGCUGCCGCCACACAAUUUCUGAUCUCAUCCUGAAGCAAAGUUCUUAACCCGAGGUACUAUUUCUGGGUUAGCGGAGUCUGUAACCUGAAGCGUCUGUAACCUGAAGUGUCUGUAACCCGAGGUACCACUGUAUGUACUUAUUUCUGCACCAUGAAGAGGUGAAUUCUGUGACCUGUGUAAAAGCACACAUGCAUGGUUUCUCACGUUGCAUGAAGCUCUGCAUUUUUAGUAUGAAAGAGCAAUAUCGGAGUGGUAUUAGCACAUGUUCAAUCGCUGGCAUCUACUGGGUUAGAAAACAGCUGUUGCCGGUCUGUGUAGACAUUGCUGAGCUAGAUGGACUUGGUAUCCUGUGGCCUCACAAUGCAACACGCAAACAAGACUUAGCAAAGUAUAAAGGUAGAAUAGCCACAGCAGCAAACACACAGAAAAACUAAGCAGCUGCUCUGUGAUGCCCUAGCUGGCCAGUUAGUUCAGUUGGUUAGAGCAUGGUGCUGAUAACCCCAAGGUUGCAGGUUCAAUCCCUGUAUAGAACAGUUGCAUACUCCUGCAUUUCAGGACUAGAUGUUCCUCAGGGUCCCCUCCCAACUCUAGGAUACUAUGGUUACCAUCUUCAUUAAUGGUAGCAUUGAAGAAGGUCUCCAGCGCUCACCAACGCUGGGGCAAGGUGCAAAUCAAUAGGAAAUUAGUUCCAAAGUUCUGGGGCCACCAUCGAGAAGGCCCAGUUUUGUGUGUGCAGGUCAACCUAACCGAUAUUUUGAGGUGGAAACUCAAGGCCCACCAAAGCAGAACUUAGGCUGGUGCAGGACUUUAUGAGUGAAAAUGGUCCUUUAAAUAACUUUGCCCCAAGCUCUUUAGGACUCUGAACCUUUAAAGGAAGCUUUGCCCACAGCCGGCACAGCUUCAGAGUUAUGCUUCAGACAUCUGGCUUCCCCCAGCAUCCAGCAAGCCGAAUUUUGUGCCCGCUGCAAUUUACAGCCCUUCAGAGCUAAGCCUGUGUGAAAAUACUGGUUUAUAGAAAGUAGAAAAGUCAGGGGUUAUCUUGGAGCGAAUGUUUUGAAUAAUUUUCUAUAUAUAGCUAACAGACAAUGAAUUGGAAGUUACCCCUUCCUUUUUCCCAUUUGUUUUUGCUUUGUAUACUUUAUUUCCUUAUUUUAUUUCCCUUUUCACAAGUUUUAAACUUUUUCUUCCUCUUUCUUUAUCCUUACUUGUUUUUAAGCAUUGGAAAAGGAUAUUUUGUACUAAAUUGUGUGUGUGUGGACUUAAUAAACUUACAGUAAUCAUAGAGCCAACCCCAGGUGAAGUCCAUUCCAGUAGCCUAGUUUUGGAGCUAACCAGUCUGGUACAGCCACCUUCUGCUCCAGCUGAAAUGGUCUGACUGACCCCCAAAGGCUCACUCCUCCAUUGUCUUCUGAGACAGACAUAUACCAACAAAAACAGGGCACAGAUGACUAAGAGCGAGUCCAACUGCUCCAGACAGGGUUGCGACUGGUGUACAAGCUUGAGCUCGUAGAAGGUGUUCCUGCCUAUAGCUGCUACCUGCGACUCACUAGAUGAGGAUGAAUCCAGGAGUACCUCCCAAGCUACCAGGCAGAUUAAUUUUCAGCUUCUCUUCCUACCUAUUAGUAUACUGGCACAUCUCAACCUCUAUCAGUAGCUGUGUGCACAUCAUACAUUUAAAGCACAUUUCCCCUCCCUCCAGGAACUGUAGUUUGUUCAGAGUGCUGGGAAUUGUAGCUCUUUGAGAAGUAAACUAGUACGCAGCCAGUGUUUCUCAUCUGUAGAAAGUCUGAGAACGGAUUGUCUGCUUCCAAGAAAUCUGCUGCUUUUGCAUUCCUGUCUCAAUACACAGAAGUGUGUCAAGGGAAAAUUUAGCAGGGCUACAGGACUCUCUGAAAUGGGCUUUUUUUGGAUUGAAGCCAGAGCCCAUUAAGUGGUCUCGGCUCAACCUGAAAAGCAAUUUUAUUUUGUCCACCAAUGGUAAAGGUAAAGGGACCCCUGACCAUUAGGUCUAGUCGUGGCUGACUCUGGGGUUGCGGUGCUCAUCUCACUUUAUUGGUAGAGGGAGCUGGCGUACAGCUUCCGGGUCAUGUGGCCAGCAUGACUAAGCCGCUUCUGGCGAACCAGAGCAGCGCAUGGAAACGCCAUUUUCCUUCCCACCACAGCGGUACCUAUUUAUCUACUUGCACUUUGCUUUCAGACUGCUAGGUUGGCAGGAGCAGGGACCGAGCAACGGGAGCUCACCCGUCACGGGGAUUCGAACCGCCGACCUUCUGAUCAGCAAGCCGUAGGCUCUGUGGUUUAACCCACAGCACCAUCCGUGUCCCCCAGUGGCCCCUACCUAGGUUUAAUUAAGGUGCAGCCAAAAGAGAGAGAGAGAGAGAUUACUGCCUGCAGGCUUCGCAUGAAAGGGAAAUCAUGUGUGAAGAAAAAGGUUAUGUAACAUUGCUUAAUGAUUUUUUUAGGUUUUUGUGGAGUAAUGCCCAAGCCCAGCCCUUGAUAAUAGUGAGGCCUUUAUGGGGAGGUAGUGCAUUGCCUUUAUUAUUCAAGCCUGGCAAUCAACUGUGUUUGGGUGAGAUAAUAGUUUUGGAGAAUCCAAAUAUCUCUAAGAGGAGUAACAACUUUGUAUUCUCCAGAACCAUCCCUAAUCUCUCAGGAGCAGUCUGGAGGCCAAAAGUACAUUUUACCUCACCCGAACGUAGUUUGUCAUGGUUUCCUCAGGGAGAAAACCAGCAGUGACGGACAAACGUCUCUGAAAGACACCAUGCCUGCCACCACGGGCGUUACACUGAGAUCCUGUGACGGGGCACUUGUGGUAGUUCCCCAUUCCCCUGAGGUUUGGCUUUAGUGUGCAGGGCAGGCUUGCCCUGUGGAACUCCCAGCCUGUAUUGGUGAGGCAGAAACCACCCCCUUCCUCCUUUUAUACGUCUUCUGAAAACUGUACUGUUUAGACAGGCCUUCACAAUCUGAAUUUUUCUUUUGACCAACCAGUAUUUCCUGAUGUUUCUAUUUUGUUUUAUAGAUGUUUAUGAACUGAUUCUUUGGAUUUUUUUAUGUUCUGUGAACCACCUUGAUAUAUAUACAAUGAAAGCACAGAUUAUAAAAUUUCACAUUAAUAAAUAUUUUGUAUCAUUUGUUAGACGUUAUUAGUCGCUUGUUACCUUAAAGGUCACCAAGUGAUUUACGUUUAAUAAUAUGUGAAUAGGCCUAAGGCCAGCAGCACACAGCAGUCUUGACAAACUGCUGACCCCCAUGACCGCGAUGGGGCACACUGCUGAUGCUAUGGGCCCCAUAUAGGGGUUUGUGGCCCUCACCAGGUAGAUCACUGUUCAAGGGCAUACUCUCAGCUCAUAGGCCAUGAUGCUGAAGCCUGUGAAGACAGCGGGACUGAGCACAUACAUGAGAAUAUUUCCCAGAAGCCUUUGCAGUGGGCAUGAGUUCUACAUGAUAGAUAAGUCAGUUGGGGGCAGAAAUGACCACUGAAGAUCAAGAACUUUUUAAAAAAAGCACACCUCUGCCCGAGAUCAAUGAAGGAACCCCUUAACUUGGAAGAGUUCCAAUUCCUCUGCUUUAUUUUGUUUUUAUUUCCCCUUCCGCCUAGGGUUCUGCACUUGUUGAAUGGGCCUCGGCUGGGAACCUGAAGAGGACCUGGGUGAAUUAUGGAGCGGAGGAGCGUUGCUGGGCUGACCCACGAGAGGGGGCUGGGGAAGAGUUUCUCUACCAGGCCACGCAGUGUAAAAGCGUUUGGAUGCCCAUGGGCGAUAUAUUUGCCAACUGAGCCUCUGGAUCAGUGGGGCUGAAGUGAAAAGCAAUCAGGGUUGGGAAAGGUUGAGAUUGAGAAUAAAGAUCGUUUGGUAGUUUUUUAUAAAA